GAGUUCCCUCCGGGCUUCCCCGAUUGUUGUGGCCCGUCGGAAGCGGCGCAGGUGUGCGCAGGCGCGCCUCGCGAACUCACCUGUCUUCCGGCUCUACCUGUCCGCGCUGGAGCCGGAGGAUGCGGCUGCGCUCGGGGGUCUUCGCCUCCGCCUGCCUGCUAGUGCAGGCCCUGGGCGUCGGGCUCUUCCUCAGGGGCUUCUUCCCGGUGCCGGUGAGGUCGCUGCCUAGGAGCGGGGCGCUUGCCGGGCCGCCGGCGGAGCCGCCUCCCACAGGUAAGCGCUUUGCCUCCUUCCUGGCGGCGUGGGGGGCGGGAAAGGUGUGGGGAUCGUCUCUUCCAGGCCUUGUGGGGUGUUGCACGCUUGAAAACAACGGGGGGCGGCCUCUUUCUCAUCGCCCAAGCCGGGAGUUCGUCCCUCCACACCCCUUUUCAUGGGAAAGAGGCGUGGGCGGGGUAGCUGCCCCACCCCUAAAUCAAGAUAAUAAUCGAAAAUAGCUUACAAGUAGAAAUAAGUAAAAAGAUUUCGACAGGUUUUCCUGAGAACUUGGGGGCAAAAGAAAGGGAUUUAAAACAACUGUUGUCCAAUCUAAACCAAGUCCUUAUUACGGUCAGGGGCCAGCAUAAAAGCACCUCCAUACAUAAAUGGGUGGUGCUGUGGGUUAAACCACAGAGCCUAGUGCUUGCCGAUCAGAAGGUCGGCGGUUCGAGUCCCCGUGACGGGGUGAGCUUCCGUUGCUCGGUCCCUGCUCCUGCCAGUUUGAAAGCAUGUCAAAGUGCAAGUAGAUAAAUAGGUACCACUCUGGCGGGAAGGUAAACGGUGUUUCUGUGUGCUGCUCUGGUUCGCCAGAAGCAUCUUAGUCAUGCUGGCCACAUGACCCAGAAGUUGUACACCGGCUCGCUCGGCCAAAAAAGUGAGAUGAGCGCCGCAACCUCAGAAUCAGCCACGACUGGACCUAAUUGUCAGGGGUCCCUUUACCUUUAUCUUACAUAAAUGUAACAUGCUAGAUAGGUAAUAGCGUAACUGUCGAAGUAAAAAGGUAAAGGACCCCAUGGCAGUUAAGUCCAGUCAAAGGUGACUAUGGGGUUGCGGUGCUCAUCUCGCUUUCAGGCCAAGGGAGCUGGCGUUUGUCCAUAGACAGCUUUUCGGGUCAUGUGGCCAGCAUGACUAAACCACUUCUGGCGCAACGGGACACUGUGACGGAAACCAGAGCGCGCAGAAACGCUGCUUACCUUCCUGCCACAGCAGUACCUAUUUAUCUACUUGCACUGGUGUGCUUUUGAACUGCUAGGUUGGCAGGAGCUGGGACAGAGAAACUGGAGCUCUCUCCAUUGAGGGGAUUCAAACCGCUGACCUUCCAAGUGGCAAGCCCUCAAGGCUCAUUGGUUUAGACCAUAGCGCCACCUGUGUCCCGCAAACUGCCAAAGUAGAGGGUACACUUACUCAUGCUCACAGUUACAGUAGAACAGCAUAAGAUGAAAACACAUAAAACAUGUAAAUCAAGCCUUCAGUUUUAGACCUGCCGUGUCGAACUGUUGUUGAGACAUUUCAUUCUGAAUCUGCUAGACAGAGCCAGAGAGAGGGUGAUGACAGGUGAGUGUCCUGCCCCCUUCCCAACAUAAAUCCUGUCUACACCCAUGAAAAGAGGCUCUGCCUUGCAUGCAGAAGGUCCCAGGAGCAACCUCCAAGGAGCCCUCGGAUUAAGCCUUUUCUGAAACCCAGGAAAGCCACAGCCAGGCAGUACUGAGUUAGAUGCACCCAGUGGUCUAACCCACUACAGUGGACGUUCGGGUUGCAAAUGUGAUCCGUGCAGGAGGCACGUUCGCAACCCGCAGCGUCUGCACACAUGUGGGUUGCUAUUUGGCGCUUCUGCGCAUGCGCAAAGCACGAUUUAGCACUUCUGUGCAAGUGCCGAAACCUGGAAGUAACCCGUUCCGGUACUUCCGGGUUCAGUGUGGUGCACAACCCAAAAACACACGACCUGAAGCGUCUGUAACCCGAGGUAUGACUGUAUAAGGCAGUUUCCUUUGUUUCCCCACAACCACUACCCAUCACGUAGCCCAGGAGAGAGGGAGGGCAAGUGAGUAGGGAGUGAGCUGGCAGGUUGCCCACUUUCUGCAGCAAGGCAGACCGCUGGGGAUAGUAUUUACAUUGAAAACCAACCCUUGACUUGACUUGGUGACUCAUACAUGUCUCAAAUAUAUUUUAGGAUUCUCUUCCAACUGGACGAAGGUGCCAUCCCCUCUCUUUAAAAAAGCUGUCAUAGUACUGAUUGAUGCCUUGAGAGAUGACUUUGUGUUUGGCUCGAAAGGCAAAAGGUUCAUGCCCUACACAACCCAGCUGGUGGAAAGAGGAACAUCUCAUAGUUUUGUAGCGGAAGCCAAGCCACCUACAGUCACCAUGCCUCGAAUUAAGGUGAGUUGUGAUAUUUGGACAUGUGCUUCAGAAGAAUGUUAGAAAUUAGCCGGGUGUCAGGUGUGUUUUGCAACCAGUGCGGGUCUGUUUGCGGCCAUGUGGAGAUCUCUGGCUGCCAUGUUGACGACUGACAUCGCCAUCUGGCUGGCCUGUCCAGCUUUCUAAAGCAGGUAAGCAGAAUAACUUAUUUAUUACAUUUAUAUCCCACCUUUUUCUCCAAGGAGUACAUGGUUUACCACCUCCCCAGUUAAUCCCUACAACAAGCCUGUGAGGUAGGUUUAGGAGGCUGUGAGUGGCCCAAGGUCACCCAGUGAGCUUCACGGCUUUGUGGGGAUUUGAACCCUGAUCUCACCGGUCCCAGUCUGACACUCUAACCACUGCACCACCCUGCCUUCUUAGAGCACGUCUGCUAUGGGACAGCUAUAUAAGUUAAGCAAGUAAAUAAAUAUGGGGAAAGCAGAAUGUCACUUAGAGAAGGAUCUGAAAUCUAUCUUUGAAGCUUGAAUUUCUUUUAUUCUGGGUUUUAUUUAAUUUUUCAAUGUGGUAUAAUGUCCUUUGAGAUUUUUUUCUUUAAAAUACAAAGCUAUAUAGAAAUGAAAUUAAUAAUCAUAAAAAUAUUAAUACAUCUCAUUUAAAAAUGGCCCCUAAAUAUUCCAUUGUUGUGUCCGUAACCUAGGUUUAAGGUGCCAUUUGGUGAUUAGCUUACAUAUAUGAGUUUCUAAUACUGAUUCAGAAUUGCUUGUACUUUUUUGAGAGGACUUCCAGGUUAGCAAGCACUGUAGGUGUAGGACAGAAUUUCAAGCGUCAGGUAUCUUUGUGCAGGACAGAGUCUUGCUAGCUGUUUCUUCCCCUUAGAACUUUCCACUGCUUAAGAGGCACCCUGCUUUUGAACAGAGCAGAGGCUUGUCUCUUCAACGGCAGCAACUAUUGAGAGGAAAACUAGCAAAACUUUGCAUGUGUUUGUGGUCCUCAUACAUUUAUGUUCCUCCUUUUGAUCCUGGCCAUUGGCUUUGUUGUUAUACUGAAGGGCAGACAAUGAAAAAUCUCCUGUUGUCCCAUUGAGGGUGGAUGGUUUAUAAAGUUUUUGAAAAAAUGUUUCUUGAGCGGAACCAGUAAUGACUUCUGCUAAGUGUUCAUGAGAUCAGGGUAUAAUUUUAUCUAUAUUCUUUGCCCUAGGGAAAUUUGCUUAGCAACUCCUUUGUUUUCUGAGAUUAUAUCUACAUUUCCCCAAAGACUUGCAAACAUACACACGUUCACAACUAUGAGGACUAGAAACUAACUUUUUUUUAAAAAAAAGGGAAACAGAUUGUUUAAUCCGAAUUAUGUGAUGUAUCCUGUGGCUUUCUUGUGCUGCUGUAUGUAGCUCCAGCUCAACAAAGUACCUACAAACAAAUUGGGAUCUGGACAUCCAAAUUCCACAAAACAGAAGAGUAUAAACCAGUUAUAUAAAACACCUUUAUAUCACAAAUAUGAACAAAUGAAGACUGAAGACUGACCUUAAAGAUUUAAUUGUGUGUCACUACAUUUUAGGAAGCAACAUAUUACUACUAGCUGUUGCAGAUUUUUUUAAAAAAAACAACACAUGGAUCCAGAGCAGGAAAGGUGCUAAAUUGUGUUUCUACAGUGCAAUUGGUUGCAUGUAAGAGCUCCAUGAGCUUGCUUAGGCAAAUCAAUAAAAGCUGCUGACAUUAAUGAUGGAAAUACAGUCAUACCUCGGGUUACAGAUGCUUCAGGUUGCACAUUUUUGGGUUGCACACAGUGCCAAACCCGGAAGUACUGGAAUGGGUUACUUCUGGGUUUUGGCGCAUGCGCAGAAGCACCGAAUCGCAACCCGAGUGUCCACUGUAUGCUUUAAUGGGUUGCAGGCAACCAACACGUCCCAUUAGCCCAAGGAUUUCUGCUUGCAUGGUGGGACGCUACCCCAUCCUCCCAUGUGUGUGCCCUGUGCCCUCCCCUAAUCUGUUCUGGAGUGUUGGGGGAACUCCUAGAACAGAUGUAGGGGGUGCAUAAUUUAGUGCUACCUUUUUAUAUGCAACGACAGCUGCCAAGGUAGUGAUUGCCCCUAAAUGGACACACCAACAAAGGAAGAGUGGAUUUGCAAAUUAAGUGAGUAUAUAGAACUGGCAAAAUAAACUUCAGUUAUAAGAUACCAAUCAAAUCAAAAGUUAAGAAUGGAGUGGAAGUAUUUCGAAGAUUAUAUGUCAAAAUAUUGUUCUAAAAAUGACAUGCUAAGAGGCUUAGAAUAAAAAGUGCAAGCAAUAACAAAGCCAAUAAAGAAAGGGGGGAAAAUCAGAAUUUAACAAAAACAGUUUCUUAUAGAAUGCAAGGAAGAAAAGGUAGAAAGAAAUAUAAAGAAGUCAAAUUGCUGUGGAGGGAAGUAGUAGUAAUAAUAAUAAUAAUAAUUUUUAUUUAUACCCCGCCCUCCCCAGCCAAGGCCGGGCUCAGAGCGGCUUACAAGCAAUAAUAAAAACAAGUUGAAUGAUUACAACUUAAAAACAAAAUUAAAAUACAACAUUAAAAUAUUGAAACAUUAAAAUAUUAAAAUGUAGCCUCAUCGCAGGAGGAGAAGGAAAGGAAAAAAGAAAGAGAGGGAGGGAAUCAAAUUGGCUCCAAUUUGUAGAGGGUGGGGGGGUGGGUUUUAUAAUUAAGUAUAUAAUUAUGCAGCUGUUGUAAUUUAGAUAUUAUAUUUUACGUGAGGGAAUCAUUGGGAAUUUUGGUUAUUAUGUAUAUAAGUUAAGUUUCAAUAAAGAUCUUAAAAUUUAAAAAAUAAAAUAAAAAUAAUUUAGUGCUACCUUGGACACAACCCAGUACUUUAAAGAAUUGAUCUGGUCCUAUGCAUUAAGAGUAUUCCUGUUGGGAAUUAAUGGUGGCCUGUUUGUUUAAAGGCUCAGAUCUCCAAUAUCUACAUGUGUCAUUGUGGUGAUAUGAUUGUUGAGGGGCAGCAUUAACUAAUAUGUUUUUUUGCUGUAUCUUAAAUGAGAGUAAGGAGGCAAGGGCUCCUUUAUCAGGUGUUGGCUGGAGAUGUGAAAGCCCAUGUGAACCCCCACCCCACCCCCAGUUUCCCCUCCAGUUUCCCCCCUCCUCAUUUUUUUUACAGACCUUCAAAUCUCUAGUUUGCAUCCAAAAGGAUAAAACCCUGCACAAAAUAAGACAUAAAAAGGCAGGCUCCCACUUAGGAGCACGACCACAUGGGAAGUUUCAGCUGGGUGAUGUGAUAAACUGAGCUAAAUGUAUAGAAGAGAAUUAUUGCUGGUGUCACUACCUCUUUUUGUUUGUUGCUUGAACUUCCUGUCCUUUGUCAGAAGUGCCCAAGGUAGGCCUCAGCAUAUUGAAGCAACAGUAAAACAUACAGUGGUGCCUCGCAAGACGAAAUUAAUUUGUUCCGCGAGUUCUUUCGUCUAGCGAAUUUUUCGUCUUGUGAAGCACGAAAUCCCAUAGGAAUGCAUUGAAAUUCAAUUAAUGCGUUCCUAUGGUCAAAAAAAGUCCAAACAAAGCCAAAUUUGGUACAACAAGAGUUUAUUAAGUGCUCUUUAAAGUCACACAUACUGUAAAGAGCAUUUCAAAAACUGAAGGAACGAUAAAUUAAGUUUCUAAACAUGACAGAAAAACAUUUUUUUUAAAAAAAACAACAUGGCCCAAUGGUCACAGAAAAUCAUAAAAAUUCAAAUAAAAAUCCACACAAGCUCCCAGAUUCUUGCAAACCCCUCCUCAACUGUUCCCCCAGCCACCCACCACACAGAAAUUCAAAUCCAGAUUUUUUUUUUUUAAAAAAACAACAUGGCCCAAUGGUCACAGAAAAUCAAAAAAAUUCAAAAAAACCCCACACAAGCUCCCAGAUUCUUGCAAACCCCUCCUCAACUGUUCCCCCAGCCACCCACCACACAGAAAUUCAAACCCAGGAUUUUUUUUUAAAAAAACAGCAGAGUGGCCCAAUGGUCACAAAAAAUCAUAAAAAUGCAGGAAAAAACCACACAAGCUUCCAGAUUCCUGCAAACCCCUCCCCAACACCAAGUCCUUGAAUUCCAAACACCCCAACCCAAAAUCCAAAAACCCCCCAAAAAGUUUUAAAAGUUUAACUUACCAAAUGGCUGCAAAAGAAGUUUAGGAAAAGCUUCAAAAAUCAGCAAAGUCUUCAAAAACCUCAAAAAAGGCUACCACACCGCGUGCUAUGAGUUGCUCCUCGAAGUCAAGUCGCAACUGCACCUCUUCAAGCAAUGCACCCCGGGUAUUAACGGUUUUACGAAAAAGGAAACAAACUUGCAAGACGUUUUCGUCUUGCGAAGCAAGACCAUAGGGAAAUUCGUCUUGCGAAGCAGCUCAAAAAACGCAAAACCCUUUCGUCUAGCGAGUUUUUCGUCUUACGAGGCAUUCAUCUUGCGGGGCACCACUGUACUCAUCCAUCGCUCUAAAAUCAAUAAUCAAUAGAGGGAGGAUACUAAAACCAAUUCUUCAUUUUCCCAAACCAGGAUAAAAACUUCAGCAAACAAUGGAAGCUGUAGAAACAUGGUGACCAAUGCACCUCUUUGAGGAGGGAGUUCUACAUUAUUGGGGCUACCACCGAGAAGCCCCCCUCAAGAGUUCACUGCUCCUCCUCAAACCACCAUGAGGUUGUCUUCCAAUUGUCUGAAUCCCAGGCUGGUCUGUAGGGGAGGUAGCACUCCUUCAGAUAUAAAAUUGCCUGUGCUAUUUUUUAAUCUCACAAAAGAUUUUGAAAUGCUCCCCCCCCCUCGUCUUUUUUUACUCACGCACCACUCUGGGCUGUGUUUAGUGUGUUGACUGAACCCAGGGACAUAAUUAAGCUUUCCCAUCACUAACUGCAAGAAGCAGCCCAGGUUUGCUCUUAGGUUGGCUCAGUGUGGCACAGGAAUGAAGAAGACCAGGGAGGAGCAAAGGGACUGCAAGUUCCUGUCUUGGAGCCUGCAGGUUUGCGCAAUCCCAGUAAGCCACAGUUUGGCUGUUGGUGAUGUGUAAACUGUACCAUACAAGCAAUUUACAUUAAAUAUAGACACAAAAUGUAAAGGACACAAUUGGAAAUUGUUAAGAAAUAAUUUAGAGAAAGUCUUCCACCUAUUUUUGUAACCAAUUACAGCUUAAAGACUGAAAGUCAAAUUCAGUAGUACAUUGACCUUGAUGGGGGCCUUAUUGAGCUGUUAGAAACGUAGGAAUGGGCAAAAUAAAAUGAACUUUUCUAUUCUAAAGACAAAAUAAAAUAUGCAACUCUCAGGAAUCUCUAUAGCAAGGAAUGCAUACUACAGUUGUACCUUGGUUUUCAAACAGCCUAGUUCCUGAAUGUUUUGGCUCCUGAACAAUCGAAACCCGGAAGUGACUGUUCUGGUUUUUGAACAUUCUUUAGGAAGCCGAACGUCUAAUGGGGCUUCCAGUUGGCUGCAGAAGCUUCCUGCAGCCAACCAGAAGCCGCGAUUUGGAAGUCAAACGCUUUGGAAGUCAAACAGACUUCCGGAAUGGAUUCUGUUCAACUUCCAAGGUACGACUACUAUUUUGUGCAUCAGGAUAAUAAUUCCUCAGUACUAAUAUUAAAUGAGUUUCUAAUUAAAUACUCUGACAACAUCAAGAACUGUGUUAUUAGAACUUAAUGAGCCGUUGCAAUUAAUUCAUCUUGUGCCCUUAAAACUUACUGUGAAGUUUCCAAAAAAAGACAUUGCAAUCUCUGUCCCAAAAUAGAUGCCUGUGAGGAUUGAUUGUCUGCUUCGGAAAGUGGCCGUCAUCACAAUUUGUCUUAAGUAUCGGUUUCUUUUAAUUUUGGUGAAUGGAUUCUGUAAAUGAUGCACAACAGCUACAGCGCAGUUGAUCAACUUUUUAAUUUUGUGUGUUGUGAAACGGCACUCGGUGCUUGUUGUGUCUUUUCCUUGUCUUGUUUUUGCUGUACAGCUGGAAUCUUUCCAAGUCCAAUAUUGGGGAUGGGCAGAAGUCUGAGGAGAGGGGAGGGAUGUGCAGGCAGAGGAGGCAGGGGAGCUGGAUGAUGAUCUGGGGGAAGGGGCCAGUGAUAUGUGGGGUUUUGUGCAACCCGUGAGGAAGGUGCCAAGGAGAGACAAGGGGAAGAGACUGGGCACCCAGAGACAAGGGGAAAGGAGGUGGGAGGAGAGAUUCAGGGAGUCUAAGAGGCAGAAGGGGCUAUGCCAGUCCUAGGGAGAGUCUUGCCUUUGGUCCUCGCUUCCACUGUCUCCACGCAUACGGAGGGUCAUAAAGUGACGGGAGCAACUAGAGCGGAGUUGUAGGGUGCUAGCCCCCAUUGGGAGAUUUUACUUUCUUGGGCUCCAUGAUCACUGCAGAUGGUGACAGCAGUCACAAAAUUAAAAGACGCCUGCUUCUAGGGAAAAAAGCGAUGACAAACCUAGACAGCAUCUUAAAAAGCAGAGACAUCACCUUGCCAACAAAGGUCCAUAUAGUUAAAGCCAUGGUUUUCCCAGUAGUGAUGUAUGGAAGUGAGAGCUGGACCAUAAAGAAGGCUGAUCGCCGAAGAAUUGAUGCUUUUGAAUUAUGGUGCUGGAGGAAACUCUUGAGAGUCCCAUGGACUGCAAGAAGAUCAAACCGAUCCAUUCUUAAGGAAAUCAGCCCUGAGUGCUCACCGGAAGGACAGAUCCUGAAGCUGAGGCUCCAGUACUUUGGCCACCUCAUGAGAAGAGAAGACCCCUUGGAAAAGACCCUGAUGUUGGGAAAGAUGGAGGGCACAAGGAGAAGGGGACGACAGAGGACGAGAUGGUUGGAUAGUGUUCUCGAAGCUACCAGCAUGAGUUUGACCAAACUGCGGGAAGCAGUGGAAGACAGGAGUGCCUGGCGUGCUCUGGUCCAUGGGGUCACGAAGUGUCGGACACGACUAAACGACUAAACAACAACAACAACAAGACAGAUGAGACUUGAUGACAUUUGGUUUCUCUCACAUUUUUAAAAAUGUCAAGAUGUUCUUUUCUUAAUUUUUUUUUAGUUGUAUUAUUUGAGCCAACCCAUUUGAGCAACCUGGGGCCUUUGUGGCCAAAACACCACAUAUAAACAAAGAGUAACAUUAACUAUAGGUGAUUAUGUGGCCAAAACUCAGUUGAUCCAACAGGCUCAGUUCAUUUUAGCAAAUUAAUUGAAAACUCCUCUCAACUGGUUAGUGAGAAUGCCAUUGAAAAGCUCUGUUCCUCUGGUUAAUUUGGACUACGGACUGAAGGAAAAUGUUAUAAAUAAUCUCAGCUUUGCAUUGUGUGUGAACUGGGAAUCCUGGCUUACAACUGAAUAAUGAACCCGUUGUUUCUGGGUUUGCACAUAAUGCUAGGCUAAGAUUCCCAUCACCCUUGAACCUCGGCCAUGCUGACUGUGGGGUGAUGGGAGGGAGGAAUCCAGCAACAAUUGGAGGAUACCACAUUGGCUAGCCUUGUGUACAUACCGUAUUUUUCGUUCUAUAGGGCGCACCGGCCCAUAGGACGCACCUCGUUUUUUUGGGGGGGAAAUGAAUAAAAAAAAUUAUUCCCCCCCCCCGCCGCGACUGCCGCCCCAAGCCUUGUGCACACCUGCAAGAAGCACGGGGCACCCUCCGGAGGGCUCCGCGUGCUUCGGGCUGCAGGCUACCGCCCCAAGCCUCGCGCGCUCGGCGGGACCUCCCACCGGGCGCGCGAGGCUUGCAGACACUCGCCGAAGCACGGGAGCCCUCCGGAGGGCUCCCGUGCUUCAGGCAACAGGCUGCCGCCCCAAGCCUCACGCACUCGGCGGGACCUCCUGCCGGGCGCGCAAGGCUUGCGGACACUCGCCCGAGCACGGGAGCCCUCCGGAGGGCUCCCCGUGCUUCGGGCGACAGGCUGCCGCCCCAAGCCUCACGCGCUCGGCGGGACCUCCUGCCGGGCACGCAAGCCUUGCGGACACUCGCCGGGGCUGCGGGCUGCUGCCUACAAGCCUUGUGAGCCCGCGGGAACUCCCACCGGCCUUGCAAGGCUUGCGGAUAGCUUCCUGAAGCCUGGAGAGCGAGAGGGGUCGGUGCGCACCGAUGCCUCUCGCUCUCCAGGCUUCAGCGAAAGCCUGCAUUCGCCCCAUAGGACGCACACACAUUUCCCCUUCAUUUUUGGAGGGGAAAAAGUGCGUCCUAUGGAGCGAAAAAUACGGUAUCUAACAGAGACUUCCUUGGCAGUUGUGUAGAUGUGUUCUCUCUGGGUUGUUUUUUUUUUAAGUGUCUCAGAGUUGGUUCAUCAAGCCUGUUACAGAUGAUUGUAAUAACAUUUUUUCCUGUCCAUGUACCCUUGUCCUAAGGCAGUCUCGUCCUUUUCUCAAACCAUAUCAAGAUGUUUUCCCCUCUGCUUUUGGGGCAUCUGUUUGCAGGCACUGACAACGGGGAGCAUCCCAGGUUUCAUCGAUGUCAUCAUGAAUCUCAAUUCUCCAGCCUUGCUGGAAGACAACUUGAUACAGCAGGCCAAAGCAGCCGGGAAAAGGAUAAUCUUCUAUGGUGAUGAUACUUGGGUCCGAUUAUUUCCAAAACAGUUUGUGGAAUAUGAUGGAACAACAUCUUUUUUUGUCUCGGACUACACUGAGGUAAGAAAAUGCUCCGGCACAGUGAUGUAAGAAAUUGCAUUGUUAGGUUUGUGUGCAAAUGAUUACUGUGUGAAAAUUUGAUUUAUUUUUGCCUAUGUGUUCUUAAAGAUCUGUGUAUUGGCUCCUAGUAAAAAAAGCUGGAUUGAUCUGUGAUAUUCUAAAGCAUGUUUUAGUUGCCACAUUUCUAAAAUGGGUAUGUUUUUCAUGUCUGCGUUGUUGUUUUUGGUGGUUUCUUUUGCAAUUGGAGGCAGUCAAAUAAUUGACAGGCCCUGCCUUCCCAUUGUGACGAACUACUAAAAGCUCCAUAUGUUGUUGUCACAAAAUGGCAGGAUGGCAUUCCUUACUUUAGCUCAGGAAUGGAGAGCUUGUAGCCCUCCAGAAGAUUCCAAACUCCAACUCCCAUCGUUGCUGAGCAUUGGCUGCAGCUGAUGGUGGUUGGAGUCUAACAUCAUCUUGAGGACCACUGAUUCCUCAGCCCUGCCCUGGCCUGCACAAACCCUUGAAGGCUUUGGAAUUGCUGUUUGCAGCAAGUACAACUGGUCCAAAAGGACGCGGGUGGCGCUGUGGUCUAGACCACUGAGCCUCUUGGGCUUGCUGAUCAGAAGGUUGGCGGUUUGAAUCCCCACAACGGGGUGAGCUCCCGUUGCUCUGCCCCAGCUCCUGCCAACCUAGCAGUUCGAAAGCAUGCCAAAAGUGGAAAUAGAUAAAUGGGUACCGUUCCGGCGGGAAGGUAAAUGGUGUUUCUGUGCACUGCUCUGGUUCGCCAGAAGUGGCUUAGUCAUGCUGGCCACAUGAGCCGGAAAAACUGUCUGCAGACAAACGCCGGCUCCCUCGGCCUCUAAAGCGAGGUGAGCGCCGCAACCCCAGAGUCGUCUGCGACUGGACUUAACUGUCAGGGGUCCUUUACCUUUACCUUUUUUACAACUGGUCCACUUGGAACGGUUCUCUAGAACUUCAGGCAGGGCUCUUUCCGGUCCCUUUUAAUUUUGUAUUUACUAUGUUUUAUAUGUUGCCUUUUCUACCAAAGAACUCAAUACUAUUUAUUUAUUUUAAAACAACGGAUACAUGAGAUACAAGGAAGCUAGGGAGAAGAGGAAAAUAACUUACUUGAAUAUUGCCUUUUUCAUACAGUUAUGUUAAUGACCAGGCAGAGAAGUCUCUUCAAGAGAUGGUUCUGGCAGGGAAGAAACAAAAUGGCGCUUUGUCCUAGCUGAGCCAAUGGGGAGAGCCUAGCUUUUUCAACUGUUCCUGGAAGGGUUUUUAUAAGAGCCUUCUAACUGGAGAUGCCAAAGAUUGAGUUCCCUCUGUGAAAACCGUGCCAUGAUCUCUGGCUCUUCCCAAGUUGAUGCACUUGACAUUAUUGUUAUUAUUAUUAUUAUUAAAACAAUGUUUUGAAAGGUAUAGUCUCUGCGUCUGUUGUAGGAGUUUAAAACUUCUCCCACUGCUUUGGUAGCAUGAGGAUUGGCAGCCUGGUCUUGUGGAUUGCGGCUGAGUGUGCUCUGAUUCAGAGAACCAGUUAACCUGCAACAUGCUGUGCUUAGAGGCUUAGAAAUUCAGUUAGGUCCACAUGGUUACUUAAUUCUUAUUAACUGGCCAUCUGCCUAAAGAUCCUUCUAUACCAGUGUUUCCCAAACUUGGGUUUCCAGAUGGUUUUUUUUGGACUACAAUUCCCAUCAUCCCUGAUUAUUGGUCUCGCUAGCUAGGGAUGAUGGGAGUUGUAGUCCAAAAACAGCAGGCGACCCAAGUUUGGGAAACACUGUUCUAUAGUGUUUCUUGGACUCCAACACUCCAGAGGAGAGGGGCAUCAUGUUUGAACGCUCCCCAGUUGAAAACAGCUCAUUGUAUGUAGAAAAUGAGCGUGUCUGUGAGAGACAUUCAGCCUUGACUUCUCCCUUUAGUGUGCAAUUUCCCCUCUUGUGUAUGAAAUGAUCGGAAUCAUUGCAGUGUGAUAAAGUCCAGGAAUAGCUUUUCCCCUUGGAUUCUGCAGACUGUAUAAACUGCAAGCUUGAAAAAUUAAGAUGGUGUAGGAGUUUCAACCGGCCUUUGCUUUUCCUUUCCCUCUUAAGGUUGAUGAUAAUGUUACCAGACACUUGGAUAAUGUGAUGAAAAGAGAAGACUGGGAUUUGCUCAUCCUUCACUACUUGGGGCUGGACCAUAUUGGUCAUCUGAGUGGACCGCACAGUCCUUUAAUAGGGCCAAAGCUUUCUGAAAUGGAUAACAUCAUCAAGAAGAUUCAUACUUCUCUCCUCUCCAAGGUGACAUGCAUAUAUAUUGAUGUAAAUUUGAUCAUGAGAGUAGGAACAGCAUAUGAAGCCUUAGGUUUCUAUCCAAUGUCAUUUAUACACUUGUCAGCCUGUCCCAAUGCAUGCUUACUUGCAAGAAAGUCCCACAAUAUGUAGUGAGGCUUAUUCUCAGGCAAAUGUACAUAGGUUUACUGCCUUCGUGGUGCUGUCGCCUUUGAGGUUUGGGGCAAGUUAACCUGAUGCCCUUGAAAAUCUUGGCCAAUGUGCUAAGGAUACGAGUAAUCAUAACAAUUAAAAAUGUCAUCAUUGCAUGUGGCACAAUUUCAGGCAUUAUGCAAAGGCUGUUUUCAGGCAUUCAUGACUAUUUCAGGCGUUAUGCAAAGGCAAAUCCAUGUUUGCCACCCACCUGACAACUCAACACGAAGCUACAUCCGAUGGCAGCUCUCUCGCAAGGGCACCUGUGUGUAAUACACACGACUGCGGUACUCAGAUUGCACCUUUUUCAGUGAAAUGUGUUGAGUGACCUUAAAGCUCCAUAAGGGAAAAGGACCAACUGCCAACUUUUACCAGGGUGUGUGUAAAAAGGGGAAAAAAACAGUUUGUGGCUUAGUUACUUGAAAAAGUGAUGCCGGGGCUCAAAUCUGAGAAUGCCACCUGACCUGGAAAUUAUUUCAUCCUCCCUCAAUCCCCGAUGUGUUGGGGGACUCUCUGUACUUCCGAAGCCAUUAAGGAAAUGCCCUCUGAAACUGCUCUAGUGUUUGAGGUGAAAUAGGUGCCUUUUUGGAGGUGGGGAGAGUCCUGUGUGGCACAAACUACAUGUGCCAUGGUGCUGCUCUCUGCCUUUUUCUUUUGGGUGAACAGUACAGUCGUACCUUGGUUGCCAAACACCUUGCGACUCGAACGUUUUGGCUCCCAAACACCGCAAACCUGGAAGUGAGUGUUCUGGUUUGUGAACAUUCUUUGGAACCUGAACGUCCGACGCGGCUUCUGCAGCUUCCGAUUGGCUGCAGCAGCUUCCUGCAGCCAAUAGGAAGCCGCGCGGUGGUUUCUGAACAUUUUGGAAGUUGAACGGACUUCCGGAACAGAUUCCGUUCGACUUCCAAGGUACCAGUGUAGUGGCCCUCCAUUUGUGAAAUGCUCUCCCCAGGGAUGUUCGCCUGGCACCUUCAUUAUAUACUUUUAGGCACCAGGCAAAAACAUUCCUCUUCAACUGGCCCUUUGGCUGCUUAAUAUUCUACAGCCUUUUAAAUGUGUCUGGGAAUGGGGGAGUAUUGCUUUGCUGUUUUGUUCUACGUAUUUACUUGUUUUUAUCCUGUAUUUAAUUCUGCGAACUGCCCUGAGGUCUUAUGACAAAGGGCGGUAUAUAAAUCCAAUAGAUAAAUAAAAAACAAACAAUUGGCUGAAUGGCAGCCAUUCCUCAAACUGCAGAUGGGGAACCUGGCCUGCCCUCCACACAUUGUUGGCCUCCACUUCCCAUCUGCCCCAGCCAGCAUGGGGAGCUGGACCUCCCAACAGCUUCUACAGUGCCAUGGGUGCCCUGUUCCUGCUCAAAUGGUUUUGACUACGACCGCCUGUGUUUUCUGAGCUUAGAUGUUGUGAGUUAAGGAAACGAAAUGGUCAAAGGAGUAUGUCAAUCGCCCCACUAAGCCCUCUGCAAUUUCCUUCCUUUGCAGGAGGAGGGAGAGGUGACUUCACCCCACCUGCUUGUUGUGUGUGGCGAUCAUGGGAUGUCCGAAACGGGGAGCCACGGGGGAUCCUCGGAGGGCGAAGUGCGAACGCCCUUGCUUUUCGUCAGCUCUGCCUUCGACAGGGCCGGGGGUAAGGGCUGGAUUCCUCUUGCUGGUGCUGUUAUUUCUGUAAAGAGAUCCAGCUGCUUUUAUUAAAAUGUGCCGCAGAGGAGUAGCUGCUCCCUUGCGAAAUGCUUGUGAAAUGACGCAACUUUAGAAAGGCGUGCUUAAUGUGUCCUGGUAGACAGACAGACAGACAGAAAAAAGAGAGAGUUAAAAAUGUCUCAGGUCUGUGGUAGCCCUAGCAUUAAUAACGUCAGGACAGCUGCACAAAUUAUUAUAGCUAGGAAGUGGAAGGGCCAAGGUGAAUAUAAAAUGGAAGAAUGGUACUAAGAACUGUGGUAUAUAGCUAUUAAUGAUCAAUUAACAUGUGCCAUUAAGGUAAGACAAGGAAUAUGUAGGAGAAAUGAUUUUGAGGAGAUAGGGAAGGUAUUUGUAGAAUUUGUACUGUUAAAAUGGAAAGGCGUCAAACCAUCGCAAGAGGUGUUGAAAUUUUGGGAGGUUGGAUAGUUACACUGGAAUGGCCUUGGUGCUGGGGUGCACAUUUUUGUUCUCAUUUAUUUAUGCUUAUUAUUUUGUCAAAAUAAUAAUAAAUUUAAAAUGUCAGGAAUCACCCUUCCCACUGUUGGCUUUUUCUUUUCUUUCCCCCCCGGACUACCACUCCCCUCAGCCUUAGGUAUCAAACUUCUGGGUGUAGUGAUUAAAGUAUCUGCAGGGCACCAGGUUAGAGGAGGGUGUCAUAUUAUUAUUAUUAUUAUUAUUAUUAUUAUUGUUAUUAUUAUUAUUACUACUACUACUACUACUCUUACUAUUAUUAUUACAGCUAUGAACGGCUCCAGCACUUUACUCUCUUAGGAAGGUAAUAAUGGGGAGAAUCUUGAUCUGUUUUGGUUAAAACGUGGCGCUGAUAAUGCCAAGGUUGCAGGUUCAGUCCCCUUAUGGGCUGGCUGCAUAUUCCUGCAUUGCAGGGGGUUGGACUAGAUGAUCCUCAGGGUCCCUUCCAACUCUACAGUUCUAUGAUCAGAAGGAACAUGAUUGUGUAGCAAAUACCUCUUUGCAUUUAUCAUAUUUUGGGGAAGGCAAACCGGGGAAGUCUUAGCUGGCGUCUUUCUCCUCUCAGGUCUCCUGAAACCUCCAGAGCUUGUUCAGCAGACUGACCUAGCCGUCACGCUGGCCAUAGGCCUUGGCUUGCCCAUCUCAAGGAACAGCGUCGGGCAGCUUUUGCUGCCUGUCGUGCAGCAGAAGACGGUGAGAGAACAGCUGCGGUACUUACAUUUAAAUGGGUUCCAGCUUAGCAGACUCCUCCAGGAGAACAUGGCUACCUAUGAAAAAGGCAAGUAAGUUAAUGUCUGUGCUUUUUAUGAUAGCUGUCGAAACGUUCUUAACCCACAGGAAACCCGCUUUGAAGAAAUAACAAUAUAGUGGUACCUCGGGUUAAGAACUUAAUUCGUUCUGGAGGCCUGUUCUUAACCUGAAACUGUUCUUAACCUGAAGCACAACUUUAGCUAAUGGGGCCUCCUGCUGCCACCGCACGAUUUCUGUUCUCAUCCUGAACCAAAGUUCUUAACCCGAGGUAAUAUUUCUGGGUUAGCAGAGUCUGUAACCUGAAGCGUAUGUAACCCGAGGUACCACUGUAUUCUGAUUGUUAGGGGAUUGAAAUACGAUUUUUGUAGCAUGACAGGAGAGAGACAGGAUCAAAAGCAACUCUUGUUCUUGUGACUCAAUAGUCAGGAAUGGUUCCCUCCUCUUAAGGCAGAACCUGCCGUUGGUCAGUUUCUGCUACAGUGCAGACAUCAGGCUGAGGCAUUUAAAUUUUCUCAUUUAAAUCCUGCCUGCGGAGGGAAAUGGCAGCUCUUCUCCCUUAUUUAUUUUAAUUUAGUUUAAACAGUGUAUAAAACAAAUGAGUAGUUAGCUUUAACUGUGGGUUAAAGUGGACAUGUGCUCAUAAACACUUACUUGGGUUUCUUUGCAAACUGUGUUUCGGAUUCUGUUUUUAAAAGGGAGUUUGCAACUCAGUGGUUGCGAGGGAACCAUCGCAGACCUUUCUGUCUCGAUGCAAGUAAGAAGAAUCCUUUCUGCAGAUCCCUCGAAUAACUUUCCGUCUGCUUUAAUGUCUCUUGUGACUAGAUCCUGGAUUCCAGCAGUUUAAGAUGGCGGAAAAAUCCCACGGAAGUUGGAUCAAGCUGUAUUUGGAAGGGAAUACCUCGGAAGUCCUCAGAAACCUUGGCAAAAAAGUUCUCAGGCAGUAUUUAGAGGCCAUCAGGGUCCUGAGCUCUUCCUUGAGCAAGCAAGUGGCACAAUAUGACACGUAUUCAAUGAUAGUGGGAACCAUCAUUGUUCUGGAGGUACAGUUGUGUGUACUGAGGCCAUCAAAAUUUUCAGUUCAGUCAAUAAGUCACUUACACUAUCUCUUUUUCAAGUUGGGUGGUUAACCUACUUAGAAAGUACUUCUUUCAUGCUCUAAAACAAGCUGACACAGCACCAGCCUCUUGACUCAAAUUUAGGUGGCAACAUAUCGGCCAUGAGCAGGGGAUCUUCCUUCAGAAGUUGCUGACCUGGCCUUGCACCUUACAUGUGUUGUCUCAGGUUUUCAUAUGGGCAGUAUAAAAAUACUGGGACGCGGGUGGCACUGUGGGUUAAACCACAGAGCCUAGGACUUGCCGAUCAGAAGGUCGGCAGUUCGAAUCCCCGCGACGAGGUGAGCUCCUGUUGCUCGGUCCCUGCUCCUGCCAACCUAGCAGUUCGAAAGCACGUCAAGUGCAAGUAGAUAAAUAGGUGAGAAGGUAAAUGGCGUUUCCGUGCACUGCUCUGGUUCGCCAGAAGCGGCUUAGUCAUGCUGGCCACAUGACCCGGAAGCUGUACGCCGGCUCCCUCGACCAAUAAAGCGAGAUGAGCGCCGCAACCCCAGAGUUGGUCACGACUGGACCUAAUGGUCAGGGGUCCCUUUACCUUUAUAAAAAUACUGUUUUUCUGACAGUAGCAAAAGCUUCACUAUCUUGAUCCACGCUGCCUAUAUUUGCGUCGAAAACCUUGUACGUGCAAGACGCCUCAUGCUGGAUUGCAGACUUUCUCCUCAGUUUCCAAAGUUUUGUUUUCCUACAUGGCAUUGGGAAGGGGCUGCUAUUUGAGAGACCCAAGCCUGAAACUCUUAUGAGCGUGGGAAAAUACUUUGUGUGUGUAUUUUUCCUGUCGGAUCCUGGCCAUAGAGUCUGCGGCUCAAACGCUGUAAGAGCAAGUCUUGCCUUUGCUCCCAAAAUGCUCACGAGCAGUAGAUGCAGAGAAACGCUGUCUUGCUCAGGUAGUUUGAGAAGUCAGCCGGUCUGGUCUGUCCCUUGCGCCACGCAUAAUGUGAAAUAAUGCAGGACCCUAACUAAAUAUAAAAAAGAGCCAGAGUGGUAUAGGGGCACGAGAGUGUUGGGCUAAGACAUUGUAGACCAGAGUUCAAAUCCCCACUCAGCCAUGGCCACUGGGUGACCUUGAGCCAGUCACCAUCGCUCAGCCUAGCCCAGCUCACAGGGUUGUUGAAAGGACAAAAUGGAGGUGUGCAGUGGGGAGGACCAGGUACGCCCCCUUGAGGCCAUUGGAGGAAAGGCAGGAUGGAAACGUAAUGGUCAAAAAACCCAAAAAACUGCUCCUUUCACCAGUUUUGAGUUCUAGACUCUCAUGGGAAGUUCUUGCUUGUUUUCUCCUCCUAGGUGCUGGUGCUGCUACUCUUGAGUACUGCAAAAGCUCUAAGCAGCAGGGCGGAACUGGAAGUGCCCCUCUCCCCAUUGUGCUCUCUGCUGUUCUACCUGACAUGCCUGAUGCUCUGUGCGGUUCAUGUCGUCGUGUGCACUUCGACGGAGAGCUCGUGCUAUUUCUGCAGCAUCUCCUGGCUGACAGCCAUUGGAGUGAUCAUGCUGAUUUCCGGCCUUCUCUGCGUCAUUCUCUCUGCUCUGGAAAAGGUGUUUGUGAACCCCAAACAAAUGGCAAAGGUAAUAGAUACAGGAAUGUAAUUUAAGCUGCCGGGGAAUGUGGAUCUGUGCUUUUCUUGUGCCUCGCUGCUUCGGAAAAACACUACACCUUUCACAUGGUAACUUAAACCAGUGUUUCCCAAACACGGGUCUCCAGCUUUUUUCGGACUACAAUUCCCAUCGUCCUUGACCACUGGUCUUGCUAGCGAGGGAUGAUGGGAGUUGUAGUCCAAAAACAGCUGGGUACCCAAGUUUGGGGAACACUGCUUUAAACCUUUGCAAGGAAAAGCAUACAUCGUGCAGCUGCAUGCUGCAAAUUUAUGUUCAGCACCACCACUUCUGCCUGUCAGUAGCCCCUGACAGGCAGACGAGCCCACAAUGUUCUCCUUAAUGAGACUGACCUGGCACCUACGUCACAAUCUGUUCCAUGCUAAGCAACAGUGUUGAUUUUUGUCCCAGGCAUUUUAGCUUGUAGAAAGCGUGCUAACAAUUGCAUUGGUGUUGUUACUGUAUUCGUACUGCUAUACAGUUAGUUGCAUAGUACCCUGGAAUUCCAAAUACGAUGGUCUCUCUCUCCAGACCACCCCCAGGCUGGAACUGGACAUUAAACGACUCCCACUUCUUUGCUUUUCCAUUGCCUGUUUAAUUUUAUUUUUUUAAACCCACCUACUCCUCAACAUGCUAUGUUGGUGAGGUCUUGCAGUCCAAGGCUGUUACAAAUGAUCUUAGCGUGGCGAAUUGCGAACAUCGAUUUGCCACAGUGGUGAUAUUGCUGCCUGAAAGGUAAGCUGCUCUCAGUUAUAAUGACUAAAUUACCAGUGCCUAAGAGCAGAGUUCAGGGAGAUUAGUGGUGGUGGAGCUGCUGGCUCGGCUCUUCUGCAAAGCUUCACCAGGCAUCUUUUAGUCUUUGAAAAUCGCUGCAUGAAAGCUGCUUCUCCCAGUAAUCCAUGUUAUCCGAUUUUUAUACCGGAGCGGUAAUGAAAACCCUAGUUUUGAAGUCAUGUCUAUAGAUUUCAGUUUAACUGCUUUUUAACAUGCAGUUUCUUGCAGAAGUGCUCUGGGAAUACAGUAGUUUUGUAUAAAAGUGGCAUAAAAUUGUGACGGGGGAAAACUAGCACAGAAAAAGGGGAAGGAAAUGAAGCCCCUCCCUUUGACUCAAACCCCUUUUUUUGACCAGUUUAUCUACAUGGGGAGAAGUGUGCAAGCUAUGGGGAACCUUAGCUUGGAACGGGUGAUGAUAAUGGAAUUGGUGAGCACCAAAAUCAGUACAGCUGUGAGUUUAUGAGCAAACCUUUUAAAGCUACUUUGGUUCCGGUGGUGUCGCUGUAUGAGAGAUUGAAAAGAAAGCAUUAAAGAUUACCUUUAGGUUAACAGCGAGUGGUAACUUCUCUUGACUUGUAGGUUAACCUUGUGCACUCCUUCAGAAUCUUAACAUUGAGGUUUUGUUAAUAUAGUCAUACCUCGUGUUGCGUUCUGCUCUUGUUACGGACUUUCAGCUUACGAACGUGGCAAACCUGGAAGUGUUUACUUCUGGGUUCGCUGCCCACGCAUGUGCAGAAGCAAUCUGCGUGCUUGGUGCAUGCACAGAAGCGCUCAAUCGCGCUGCGCACAUGCGCAGAAGAGACGCUCUAGUUGCAGACUUUUCGGGGUGCAAAUGGCACCCCGAAAUGGAUUAAGUCCGCAACUAGAGGUACCACUGUAUGGAAAUUGAGUAGGAGAAAGGGCAUACAAGCAUUUUUUUAUAUAUAAUAAUUUUUAUUAAUUUUAACAUAUUGAUUAUCAAUCAUACAACAGAACUGCAUUUCUUAUACAAUAUUUUUGGACUUCCAUCAGCACCUUACCGUACAUUGAAUUGGUUGAUUUGGCUCUGGCUGAUCACUGUAAUCCAUGUGUUGGUAACCACAAGGCUGGAUUACUGCAAUGCGCUCCCUGGGGGCCUAGCUUAGAAGCUCCAGUUGGUGGCGAAUCUGAUGGCCAGAUUGCUGAAUGGGGGGGGGGGGGGCACAUGGCCAACGACAUGACACAACGGUUAAAACAUCUGCGCUUGGCUGCCCAUUGACUGCAGAGUCAUGUUCAAGGUCCUGUUGAAUGGUUUCUUUAAAUGUAAAGGUUCAUCACUGUUCCACCCGAUGUGUAUGUCUUUAAGGGGCCAGAGCAAGGGCCAGAGCAAGAUAACGAGACCCAGCUUUACAGCUGUGAAACAUAGCAGGUGCUGCUGAGUUGUAUUGAUUAAGCUGUGUUGGUAAUUGGGUGUAGUAUAUAAGGAGCAGCACCUAGCUCUCCCAUUACCCUGGGGGAUGGGUUGGUGGUUGGGUCUGGUUUGUUGUUGAUGUAUUUAGUGUUUAAGGAGUUUUUGUUUUUGUAAUUAAAACCUUGUUUAAGCGAUUUUUGAGUCCCUUUUUAAUGCAUGGUCUCCCCAGCAAGCUCUCUGCAGCGCUGCCAUACUGCAAAAAGCCAACAGGUCCUAGUAUUAAUUUACAAAACUCUGAACAACUUAGGUCCAGGGUAGAAACUGUUUGAAACCUUACCUUCCAGCUCACCUGCCUAGUUCAUCUGCAGGAGCAUUGUUUGUCAUCUCUUGAGUUGGCAAGGCUUAUCUGACAGCAAAAGGAAACUGAGCCUUUAGUGUCUUGGCCCUGCCUGCCCUGUGCAGUGCUCUGCCAAUAGAAAUUCAGCAGACUUCUUCCGUGCUGAUAUUUAUGCAUCUGCUGAAAAGUUUUCUAUACUGCUAAUGCAUAGAAAACUAUAUUGCUUAAUAAAUAAAUAAAACUGACUUGCCACAAGUGGGAACCAUUUACCCCCUCCCAAGCUGAGGGAUUCGAGGUGGUGGUCUCCAGUAAAAAUAAUUAUGCUUAAUGUUUAAUUAUGAGCUUUAAGUUUUAAAAAGGAGGGCUUCAAAGAGUUUAAGUGGUAUGCCCAAAGAGCAGCCUUCAUCAACCCGGUGCCCACAGAUGUUUUGAACUAUAACCAUCACCACUCGCAGCCAGCAAAGCCAUGCUAACUUGGGUCUGAUGGCUAGUUAUGGUCCAAAACAUCUGCUUGAUGAAGGCUGCUAUAGACAAAGUCUGAGCGUAGGUGGCAAAUAUACUUUGAUAUACCCGUAGUUAAAGAGUUAUUAUUCCUGAUAGCUUCCGGCAGUCGAAACUGAUUACAUUGAAUGCAUAGACUAGAGCAGUAACUGAAUAAGCAAGUCAGUCUUUCUAUUUCCCAUAUAUACAUUAAGAUCCUUUCAGGCACUGCCUAGGCAGUGAAGUCUGAGAGGCCUAACAUACAGCAUUGAAGCCUAUGACUUUGGUCAACUGAAUGGCUGGAUAUUUUUUAUAUACUUCUCUCUGCAUGUCUUACUAGUGUUCAGAUGAUAACCCUUUAUUUUACUUGACUGCACUUUUCCAGAGUCGUUUUGUUUUUUGUAGAGCUAAGCCAGUGUUUCUCAAACUUGGGACUACAACUCCCAUCAUCCCUAGCUAGUCAGGAACGAUAGAAGUUGUAGUCCAACAACCACUGGAGUCCCAAAUUUGAGAGACACUGAGCUAAGCGAACUUUCAGUUUGCUAAAAAAGAGUGCACUCAAGGAUUUCUGAAGAGCUAUCCUUAAACUGGGUUACUCUGCAGCAAUUAACAUAUAAAAUAGCCAUUUCCGAGGUAGCCUUGCCUGGCGGCUUCUUAGGAAAUAAACCCAUAGCUUUAGUAUGAGCAAUGUAAUAACCAGCGGAUCAAUAUUAUUCUUGCUGCAGCUGCGAAGCUAAAUGAACAACUGUAGAUGGUUGGGUUUUUUCCCUUGCAUUGCAGCACGCUGGAAAAUGGGUAGAUUUAAAGAGAUCAGAGAAACGGCUCGCUACAUACCUCCUUUAGAAUUUUCUGAUUGCGAAAAGAUUUUCUAUUUUUAGUUCCACAUCGAGGCACUUCAUACUCAGUCGCGUGGCUAGAGAGACAAUGCGAACUUUACAUGGUAAUGCUGGUUAUUCAGAGAGGAGCCCUGCGCACUCCUUGAAAGAGAACGCGCAGCCGUUUCAAUGGCACAAUUAACCGAAUGUUGACAGCAACUCUGAAUUACGCUGAAAUUAACCUUGUUUUGGGCUAGGAAUGUAGGAGAAUUACAUAAAACGUAACAAAAAUACCGUUGUCGUUGAAGAAGCCGAUGCAUGCAAUUUUAUAUGCCGGCGGGCUCUAAUGAUGCGUUGGAUUCUUUCCAAAUUAUAUCGCCAACACAUUUUUCUCCCUCCCCUCUUCACAGAAUCCAGCUGCCGCUACUUCCAGCUGGUCUGAAUUUGACAUGCUUAUCCUGGCAGGCACUGUUGGCCAUGUGUCAAGUCUGGGCGCCAGCAGCUUCAUUGAAGAGGAGCACCAAACUUGGUACUUCCUCGUCAGUACCCUCUGCCUCGCCCUCUGCCAGGAGACCUGCAGGCACUAUUUCUUGGCUAAAGACUGCGAUCUUCAGCUUCCCUCUUCAGCCAAAGCAAACCCUGAAGAAGUCAAAGGAGCCCACCACCACAGGGAUGAUGCUGGCUACCUGCAGGAUGCCUCGAAAACGGGCAAGGCUGCCAACUCUGAGAGCACAAGGGGCUCCGAGAAGUGGAUGGCGUUGGCCACUCCAUGGGUUGUCCUCGUUUGCUGCCGUCUGCUUCGCUCGCUAAAUCAGACUGGGGUUCAGUGGGCUCACAAGCCAGAUUUCGGCCACUGGUUGACAAGGUGCGUAUUUGAAUUGCUCUGUAUUUGUUUUUGGCAGGAUGGGUGAUAAAUUAAGGCUUGCACAUGGUAGUUCACCUGCAGGGAGUUGUAGAAUGGCUGGGGAAACCCCACCAGAUAGGCAGGGUAUAAAAUUAUUAUUAUUAUUAUUAUUUAGGGAAGCAUAACAAAAGGUCUUUCUUUUGGGCCACAAGCUACUGAUACUUUAUGGAUCUUGCGGCUUUAUUAGCUAGUAUUUGUAAUAGUUUGUGUUUCAUGCCAUGCCUUGGAAGGUUUCCUCAUAUUUUCUUGGUAACCUCCAAAACAGUGGAACGUAGGUCAGCCAUCUGAAAAGGUUACGCAGUUUUUGAAUAUUUGGCAGUGGAAUGUUCUUCCUCUGUGCAUUUUCCCUCUUCCAGGGAGGAAGAUGGCAACCCCAUUGUUUUCUGGGUUAAUGACAAUGCGGAGGGAGAAAGAUGGGGUGUACCAUUUGGAAUAUGGCUGGAGGUUCCCUUACCUCUGAAGCCACGGAGCAACACUUUGGCUCUGACCACUCAAAAUGCUUUUGUUUUGUUACUUCAUCCCACCUCUCCACCCCGCACUCUACAGACCACUUUGGAAAUUGCUGCAGGUUUUGUCUGACCACUCGAAAUGCUUUUGUUCUACAAAUCAAGGCACAGCUUCACCACCGGCGUCACAAUCAUAACAAGCGCCAUCUUAUGAAAAUCCUGGAACCUAGGCCAGGGUGGUGCCAGCCUGCUCAUGGUCAAAGCAGCCUCUAUGCCAGUCUCUACAGCGGUUCUCAACCUCUGGGUCCCCAGAUGAUGUUGGACUACAACUCCCAUCAUCCCUGAGCUCUGGCCUUGCUAGCUAGGGGUGAUGGGAGUUGUAGUUCAACAACAUCUGGGGAACCCACAGGUUGAGAAAGGCUGCUCUAGAAUGAAUGAGUGGAUGAAGUUCAGGGCCUAGCAACGGCUAGUCCAACAACAGCUGAGGACCCCAAAUUUGAGAAACUCUGGGCCAGGCUAGUCUUCCCCAUGACUUGCCUUUCUAUCUCCAGUUAGCCAAUGGGGUGCUGAGCCUGAAUAGUGCCACUAAAUGAGUUCACGACAGAGGCCAGAUUUGAACUGGCGGCUUCCUGGUUCACUGUUUAAUCAUGAAGCUGCUCUAGCUCUACUUGGUAGUUAGAUUCAUAGAAUUGUAGAGUUCGAAGCAACCCAAAGGAUCAUCUAGGCCAGUAUUUCCCAAACUUGGAUCACCAGCUGUUUUUGAACUACAAUUCCCACCAUCCCUGAUCAUGUGUCCUACUAGCUAGGGAUGAUGGGAGUUGUAGUCCAAAAAACCACUGGAGAUCCAAGUUUGAGAAACCCUGAUCUAGUUCAGCCCCCUGCAGUGCAGUUGUAUCUAUUUGAUGCUUUGCAAAAGACUGGAACAAUCUUCCUUUGCAUCUGCUUGCUUUCUUUUUAAAAAGAAAGUUUCCUUUUCCAUCUAGGAAACAGUUACCUGCUCUUGGGUGGGAAAAUGAUGCUUUCUGAGAUAACUUGCCGAUCUUUAACUUCUUUCCAACAGAAUCGCUUGGCCUGUGAAAUAAGAGUUUUAAAGGAAGCCUAAAAAUGAAGGCUUAAGUGUCAGCUGCCAUUGUGUAGCAGCCCACCCUAAAUGCAGUGAAGCUGCCUUAUACAUAGUCCGACCAUUGGUUUACACAACCUCACUCUGGCUCUCCAGGUUUUUGGGCAAGGUCUAUCCCAGCCCUACCUAGAGACACCAGGAUUGGGACCUUCUGAACGUCAGGGAGAUGUUCUAUCACUGAGCUAUGACACUUCCUUGUUAUAUUCAUGUGCAAAAAUAAGGUAGGGGGGAGGAAGGUGCCAGGCACCCAGAAUGAAUGCCAUGGCAGAAAUAGUUCUCUGUGCUCCGUGCUAAAAAUACAGCGAAAACUCUGCUCCGAGGCAAUCCAAAUUCUGUGAUGCAAAAAAAAGCCGAAUUAUGUCGCUUGUAUAAAUUAGGCAAGUUUGUGAGAUUUCUCUAGUUUUGCAUAACGCUGUGCUUGAUACUAUUUUAAUUUAUUUAUUUUUGCGUUGGAUAUUCUGCUUCCGCAAAUUGUGAUGCGGGGCAAGGAGCUGGAACUCGUGACUUCUGAAAUUUCACCAGGUGUUGGCACUGCACUUUGAAGAAUAUAUUUGCAACCCUAAUGGCUAGAAAGGUGCUCUUUUGCUGGAGCAGAGAUUGGGGAGGGGGGAGGAAGCAAAGCCCUUUUACAAAUGGUGCUUGGAACAUUUGACUACCCCAAGCACAAUUCCAAUUUUCUCAGGGUAGUAAAAUUGUCCCCAAGCAGAUCCAUGUGUGUGAUAUCAGAAGAAAUGUAUUAAGGCUGCAAUCCUGAACCCACUUACCUGUGAGUAAACCCUAUUGAAUUUAGUAGGGCUUACUUCUGAGUAGACAUGGUUAGGUUUGUGCUGUAAUUCUUCCUUGGAUUACCUUUUGUUGGGAAAACCCCCAAUGGGGCAAUAAAUCCCAAUAAUUUACACUGGCUGGGGCAAAUAUAUCUAGUUAUAAUUAUCUAUAUCUGUAUCUAUCUGUAUCUAAGGUUUAGGAUAGGGAUAAUUCCUCUGCUGUAAUCAAGAGGCAAUUCCAUUUUUUAAUAAUAAAAAGUGUCUGGAACAAUGUGACAAAAUGAAGUAAUAUGCAAUUUAGACAAAAGUAUAUAUAUCAAGGUAUGAGAUUUGCUGUUUUUAGGUUGAAACUAGUUAACUCUUCAGCCUCCUUCCCAAUAAACAACUUUAAUACAGGUCCAACCAAACCAACAAUUUCAAAAAAUGAACUUGCAGUAGCUGAAUCUGUUAAAAUGGAUCUAAUUGAAAUUAUUCUUGUUUUUGCAGUUCUGAACAUAAAGCUGAACUUUCUCUCGUGGCAUCUGUAUCUCUAGUUAUGAUUUUUAUUCUUGUGCAGCGGAGAUGUUCUCUGGUUUCAAAAAUAGCAAUGGCACUUGGACUCUUGGGAGUGUACAGUUACCGGGCAGCCAUUGGAAAUGUGGAAUUUCCAUGGCAACGAGACAGCAAAGAUAUUUCAAAGUAAGUUCAUUAGCAGCUAUGUAAAUGUACUUAACACUGCGAGGUCUAAAAGGAAAUGUUAUACGAGCGAGCGGUGUGUUGGUUUGGGCAUGAGCCUUAAGAGUUUCUGCAGGUUGCCAGAGACCAUUGCAAAAUGGGAAGCCUCUGUAAGACUGUUCUGCCUUGCUCAGACCACACCUGCAAUACUGUGUCCGGUUCUGGGCACCGCAAUUUAAGAAGGAAAUUGACAAGCUGGAAUGUGUGCAGAGGAGGACAACCAAGAUGAUCAAGGGUCUGGAAACCAAGCCUUAUGACCAGUAGUUGAGGAACUUGGUUAUGUUUAGAGGAGAUGUUGUUGUUGUUUAGUCGUGUCCGACUCUUCGUGACCCCAUGGACCAGAGCAUGCCAGGCACUCCUGUCUUCCACUGCCUCCCGCAGUUUGGUCAAACUCAUGCUGGUAGCUUCGAGAACACUGUCCAACCAUCUGGUCCUCUGUCGUCCCCUUCUCCUUGUGCCCUCCAUCUUUCCCAACAUCAGGGUCUUUUCCAGGGAGUCUUCUCUUCUCAUGAGGUGGCCAAAGUAUUGGAGCCUCAGCUUCAGGAUCUGUCCUUCCAGUGAGCACUCAGGGCUGAUUUCCUUAAGAAUGGAUAGGUUUGAUCUUCUUGCACUCCAUGGGACUCUCAAGAGUCUCCUCCAGCACCAUAAUUCAAAUUAGAAUUUGAAUUAUUAUAAUUCAAAUAAUUAUUCAAAUAAUUCAAUUAAUUCAAAUAAUUAUUAUAAUAAAUGAAUUAUUAUAAUUCAUAAUUAGAGGAGAUAGCCAUCUUCAGAUAUCUCAAGGGCUGUCACAUGGAAGAUGGAGCUAAGUUUGUUUUCUCCUGCUCUGGAGGGUAGGACUCGGAACAAAUGGCUUCAUGUUACAAGGAAGGAGUAAACAUCAUGUCCCUUCCAACUCUACAAUUCUGUUAUUCUAUAAUGCACUGUGGGGUUGAGGAAGCACCUAGUCAGCUUGGGGAUACAUGGUUGGCUCAUUGCAGGCGACCAGCUGAGUGUUAAACGACAACGCGAGGGGUAGUUGGGGAUCAAUUUGACAGCAAGGUUCCGCAAAUCUCUCCGUUUCCUAGUUGCAGCCACCUGCCCUUUCACAAAUGUCUCUGGGGGCUUCUAAGCCGGAAGCAUAAUCCGCUGAACUUUCAAAGCUGUAGGUUCCGUGUGUGACUCUUCCUCCCUUAAAGCUGAUGGCUUAAUAUCACCAUUACAGUGUGAAGAGCAGUUUAGAGGCAUGUGAUCUGAGGCUUCUGAAGUACAACAGCUCUUUUUUUAAAAUGCAUCUUUAACUGGGUUGAUAUAUUAUAAUCAUUUUGUACUGUUGUCAUUUAAAAUUGUCUAGUGCUUUUUAUAUACACACACACACAUAUAUAAAUAUAUAUACACACACACACACACACACACACACACAAACAUAUAUACACACACACACACACACACACACAUAUAUAUAUAUCUUGGGUUACAUACACUUCAGGUUACAUGCGCUUCAGGUUACAGACUCCGCUAACCCAGAAAUAGUGCUUCAGGUUAAGAACUUUGCUGCAGGAUAAGAACAGAAAUUGUGCUCCAGCAGCGCAGCGGCAGCAGGAGGCCCCAUUAGCUAAAGUGGUGCUUCAGGUUAAGAACAGUUUCAGGUUAAGAAUGGACCUCUGGAACGAAUUAAGUACUUAACCCGAGGUACUACUACUACUACACACACACACACACACACACACACACACACAAUAAAAUAUGCCUCCUUGACUGGACUACGCCCCAAAAGUUGGCCUAUAAAUAAGUUCAUUAAAAAUACAGCAAGAAACUUCUGCUUCUGAACGUCAAUGAGAGCACUCAUUUUAAUAGCUAGAAAUCUCGAGAGUGUUUGUAGCUACAUGUACGAACUGGAACACUAGGAUGCAUUCCUGUAACUUUUAAGGAGAGGUGGUUGAAUUGAUGUUUCCCCUGCAACUAAUUGGUGGUCUCUUCAUUUAUGAAGCAAGUAAGAUUUUUAAAAGUAACUUGGACUUGUGGUUUGUGGAGGUCCUUGUCUCUGAUGACACGGCCAAAUGUAGCCUUUUGUCAUCCCCAGUAAGUCAUUUAGACCACUUGCAUGUACAGCAUUUCCCUGUCCUUUUGCCUGAUUUUGCUUGAUUCAUAAAACCAGCAUAGUUGUGCUCAGGUAGUUUGUGGGGAAGACAGGUGGGGUUUGGACCAGGCGAAGAAUAUGGGUAUACAAAGGUGUGAAGACCUGGGAGUUGGGUGGGUGACUGUAAUUUGGGUGCAUGCCAUUUUCCCUCUGAAUUUUAUUUUCAGUUGGGAGAAUACAGAAAAAGAAUUGCUAUAAAAUAUUUUCUCUUUUGAAAUGAAUAACAUGCUUUUUUAAGACAAGGUUUUAUUCAAUUUAAAAUGUAUUCUAUGAAGAGUUUUAUGUAAAAUAAUCUACAACAACAUUAGAAAGUGGUGAUUUCUGUGUUUGCUGUAACGACAUAUACACCCCUCAAAUAUAAUGCAGUCAUACCUUGGAAGUAGAAUAGAAUCCGUUCCGGAAGUCCGUUCCACUUCCAAAAUGUUUGAAAACCAAAUCGUGCCUUCUGAUUGGCUGCAGGAAGCUCCUGCAGCCAAUCAGAAGCCAUGGAAGCCCCGUCGGACAUUUGGGUUCCAAAAGAACAUUCACAAACUGGAACAAUCACUUCCGGGUUUGCGGCAUUCGGGAGCCAAAAGGUCCAAGUUCCAGGGCACUCGGGAUUCAAGGUACGACUGUACUGCAAAAGUUUAACUAUCUAAAUAUGCAGCAAGUCAUCAACAUUAUGACUGUGUGAGACCAUUCUUCCAAACAGUACACUUUAUUUUGUUAAUAACAAAAUUUCUACUUUUCUGUUUUCAGCAUUUAUUUCCCCCAACUUAUUAUCAUUAUGAUUAUUUAUUAAAUUGGUAUACAGCCCCUUCAUCCAUGGAUCUCAGGGCAUUCAACUUAUCAGAUGACAAACGCUUAAGAUACGUGUACUUAAGGUACCAUAGGGCAAAGCACUUUGCAGCUUUCUCUAGUAUUUGAUCAUAUAUUAGUAAUUUUGCUUCUACAGAACAGAGGCAUACUUUUUGAGGCUGCAAUUCUUUGUGUGCUUAUCAUGGGAGAACUUCACUAAACAGAAUGGGUUUUACUUCCUAGCAAGGAUGCGUAGGACUGCUUUGUGAAUUUCGGAAACACAGCAAAUGGUAUACUUUAUAAAUAAUGCAUUUUAUACUGAUAAAGCCAUAAAAUAAAGGUAGGGUUUAUGAGAAUGUUAAAUAUUGCAUAUAUUUCAGUUGCUCUCCCAAACUUGUUUUGGCAGGGAUGGAUGAAGAAGAGAGAGAAACCAAUAGGUCUUUUUAAAAAAAUAAUGACUUCAACAUUUUCAGAAAGUUUAAGUCUCUGUUAUGUAAGAAUUGUAGCAUAUUGAUAUAAUAGGUAUUCAACGCUGAUAAUAAAAAGUGGAACACAUUUAGCUGUUUAAUAUAGGAUUGUAUCCAAUAUUAGUCUUCCUCAGAGUAAACUCAUAAAAAUAGGCCAAUCAAUUCCAGUUGUUCUACUCUGAGUAGGACUUAGUUGGAGACAGUCCUUCAUUUAAAUGACACAUUUGUUUAUAUGGAUUGAUUUACUAGUGGCAUAGUUUAACUUUUUGGUGGCUGUUCCUUAGGGUCAAAUGUUUUUCUUUCUUUCUUGAAACAGAACAGAAAUGUUAUAACUGCUUCAAUUGAAAAGAGAGGGUAUUUUUUAAUGCAAUUAGAGUAGCGAAUAACUUCUUUUUGAAAUGCCUACCAAAAACCUGCUUCUGACAGCUUAAGUGCAAUCAGCAUUUUAAUUCCAAUUAUCAUAGACUGAAAUAUAAUGUGUUUUUUUUAAAAAAAUCUUAUCAUAGAAUUGUACAGUUGGAAAGAGACCUUUUUGUAAUUUGCUUAAAUUGCUGGUCUUUGGUAGUACAGUGGUUUUCAAGAUCUCUUGCAAUAAUGCCCGAGAAAUGUUAUGCUAUCAACUGGAGAUGUGAAGGUGCCUUAAAGAUAAUGGAGUUUGCUAACUGAGCAAGGUUCAGGAUACACACACACACACAUAUAUACAUAUACAUAUAUAUAUAUAUAUAUAUAUAUAUAUAUAUAUAUUCCCUACCUGCCCUUCAUCACCAACGUCCCAGGGGGAAUUGCCAUAGUAUAAAAAGACAAUACUAAAAUCCGUUAAAGCCAACCAACCAAACAAGGAACCUUCCUUUUUAACAUGGAGGAAAGCUAUUUAGGGGGAAAAUAAAAACAAAAACACUUCCUCCCUUUAUUUUUUAACGGUAGGGAGUGCUUUCCAUUUUUUUGUUCACAUUCCCUGUUUGCUUUGCCUGUUAGCAGCCUCUGCAUAAUUAGCUGAGCUCUUGAGAGUUUUUGAGAGCAGGAAGUUCUUCUGGUUUGUGUGCUUGCGAGGGGUUAAAAUUGGCUGCAGCCUCAGGCUUCUAUCUUUAUUUAUCAGUGUGUGUGUGUGUGUGUUUUAGGAAGGUGGAGGGAGAGAGCAAACAAAGCCUGCAAACUCUUCAAAGUACAGUAGUCCAGCGUCCAUUUUGGUGAACGUCUGCAGCAAACCUGGAAGUACUGGAACGGGUUACUUCCGGGUUUGCCGCAUGCGCAGAAGCACAAACUGCUCUGUGUGUGCGCGUAAAGUGUCCCUUUUGUCGAGCGUCCGGGGCUCUGGAAUGGAUCCCGGACUCAAAACAAGGUACCACUGUAUCUGUAAAGUUCAGCUGUGCUUACCCCCGCGAAGCUGUCCAGCUUUUGUUCACCAGUAAGUUGCCUUGUUGAAACACUUAUCAAGAGGUUAUUAUAACCAGUGUCAGAUUUACGUAUAAGCUAAAUAAGCUAUAGCUUAGGGCCCCACUCUCUUGGGGCCCCCCAAAAUUUUUUAAAGAAAAAACAAACCUGGAUGUACUGCAUUUUUUGCCGUAUAAGAUGCACCAGACCACAAGACGCACCUAGUUUUUGGAGGAGGAAAACAAGAAAAAAAAUAUUCUGAAUCUCAGAAGCCAGAACAGCAAGAGGGAUCGCUGUGCAGUGAAAGCAGCAAUCCCUCUUGCUGUUCUGGCUUCUGGGAUAGCUGCACAGCCUGCAUUCGUUCAUAAGACGCACACACAUUUCCCCUUACUUUUUAGGAGGGAAAAAGUGAUUCUUAUAGAGCAAAAAAUACGGUACAUUUCCAAAAUAUAAGAUAGAAAACAAAUAAAAUAGAACCUACAUACAGUUAGUGCUUAAUAAUUAUUUCAUUAUUAAUAUACUUCUUUAAUUGUAUUUCACUAUUAAUAUACUUCUUCUUAAUUGUAUUUCAGUUCAACGCUUACUUUGAUAAAAUACAUAUUUUGUUAUGUGCAAAUGGCUUUAUAUACCUAUUAGGUCCAUAAAUUACCAUAUAGCAUAUAUUCAACACAAAAAACAGCAACAGUUUGUUGUUGACAAAGGUCAGCUGGACAUAUAAAGGGCCCCAUUACCUUCAGUAGCUUAGGGCCUCAUCAAACCUAAAUCCGGCCCUGAUUUCAAUUCAAAGGUAUGGCAAUUUAUCGCACAGCCCUAGUGGCAGUUGAGAUGCUUUGAAUGCUAGCAUUACUUCUACUUCCUUUCAGUGUGCAGGUACAGGACGGUGCGCAGGUGAGUUCUGGACAUGCCACCACACUGAGGCAUACCAGGCCUCUUCAGUGCUCCUCAUGAGUGCAAUGGGAGCCUAGGACACGCUGGCAGCUCCAUGGCAGAUAUACAGGUUUCCUCAGCAGAUAUGCCAAAGUUUUUCUUGGCAAUAAAAAGUUUGAAAGCCCCUGGGUAUAAUGGGUUUGGCUGCAGCCAUCGUUGAAACCGGCGUGUGAUUUUAAGUCUAGUUGUUUAAAGCUCUGGCUUCUCUCGCCUUUUCUUGCUCCGAUUCCCCAAAACCAUUAGAAAGUGCAAUUCAUCAGGUAAUGGUGGUUUACGGAAUAACAGGUCCUUUAUGCACCCUGGUUGUGUACAAAAAUCCAAUUCCUGCUGAUGUUCAAAAGGCAUGUGAAUAGUGGAAAUCAGCCCGUCAACACCUUCCCCUUAUUUUUAGCCCUCCCGUCCCUCUUGAGGUAUUUGAAGGAGUUCAGCAGGGGUCUGAUUGCCUUCAAAUUCAACAUCCUCCUUCAAAGUGAUUUCCAGAGAAAGAAAGGGAGAUAAAGGCCCUGUGAUCUUGAGUCAGCUGUUCAUUUCUUUGCCUGGGUGCUGGGCGCCAACUCAAAUGAAAGACACCACUGAGAACAUGGUCUUCGGAUGCAGGAAUUGUUAUUCCAUGCACUAUGUUUUGGGUUUAACUGCCAAAACAUACAUUUUUAUAUAGCUUUGAUGCUAAGACUAGUACUCUUUACCUCUAAUAUUGUUUCUAUGAAUUGCUUGUGAUUAGCGUUCCUUGGGGCAAGGGUCCAGUAUCCCAAGAUUCUGCUAUGAGGGGUGGGGGGUAGACCUCCUCCCCAAACCCCUGGAUCCAGCAAGUGUUAAGAUAUAAGUCAGGCUAGCUUCCUGUUGAGGCGAUUGCCUGGGUGAUGGUCCAUUACGGGGAUCAAAGGACUGGGGCUCUGUGCAUGGUACAGGUACCUUACCCCAGUUUGUGGGUAGUUGGAAAGACAAAGCUGGGAAUGAGAGCAAAGAGUUGCCAGUGAUGUGAGCUUAGAAGCAAAGCAGCAAACUGGGAACUGAGAGAGAGACAGCUGUGGCUUUGGGGGAAGCAAGGCCCUGUUGGGUGCGAAUGCUGUGAACCCUUCCAUCAUAGGCUCAGGUUGUACGUAUGUGUAAAUAAACAAUAUAACAGAAAGACGCCACAGUCUCCACUGUGCCUCAUUCCAAAGGAAACACAGACCCUGGGUAAGUGCCUGGAACCCCUGGAAUCUUGCACUGCUCGCUUGGGUAGUGGGGUGGCAUGUAGCAAUACUUUUUGCACUGUGAGUAGGAAUGGUUAGGAUCGCACUAUAAAUUUCUAGUCGUUAUCAAUGGAGAUGUGAUGACAGGUUAUGAAAUAAGAGGUGAAAUGACCCCAAAUCUUUUAAACACCCACUCUUUCAAAGUUUGAACAGACUUUGGACGGAGCUGUUGGAACUUUGAAAGAGUGGGUGUUCAAAAGAUUUGGGGUUUACUCAGAAAUAAUUCCUGCUGAGUUCAGUGUCCAUUGUUCUUUGGUAAAUGGGCACAGGAUUGCAGCAUUAGGUUUCGUCAUGGGAAUAACAUCCCCAUAACGGGUAUAAAGGCUCCAGAUUUUCAUAGCUGAAUAAACAUACAGGGUUAUGGUUGAGAGUUGUAGAACAGGAAGUUCUGAGGGCAAAUUUUACUCGGCAUCCCAUCAGGGUUCAAAAUCAGCAGGGCGCUAGGCACAUUUUGUGCCUAAAGAUUCUCCAUUUCUGAGCACCUCACAGAGUCUGGGUGCCAUUUUUUGCACCCGGCUGACACUCAAGGAUUACUGAAAUGUAUGUGCUUUGAAGCCUCAAAGUAUACGUUAAGGACAGACAAUAUGUUAAGGAGUUUUAACAAUAAAGUGUAGAGUGUUUUCAAAACUGAAGUAUGCUACCCAUUUUUUUUUAUUGUAAACACCAAGUUAAACAUGUAUUAACAAUUUCUGUUAAAAAUGUGAUGUUAACAAUGUGUCACGUGAAUUGCAUAUUAAUUCUUGCUUAUCAAAAUAAUAAAUAAAAAGUGUUGCUGACCGCCCCACCCCGUGAUGACUAGACAUUCUGUUUGGGUCCCCACAACCCAAGUCCCAGAAGCCAUUUAGCUCCUAGCUUUUCUAUCCCAUUUUCUAACACUGCAUCCCAUGGGGGUACAAUCCACCAGGAAGAUUUCCACACAGAACUCUUUGAUUUAUUCCAGUCACUUCUUGUUAAUGUCUUGUUCCAUUGGUAAUGACACCCCAAAACCCAUUGCCUAGCUUUGCUUCAUGGAUGGGCUUACUUUGGACUCUUCAUUCCUCCAGGAAUAUUUAUUCUAGUUUUAACAGAAGCAGAUUUUUGGACCCAUCAGAUGCUGAAUUUGUUCUAUCUUUUCUCUCUCAUUUUAGGGGCAUAAUUGAAGCACGUUUCGUCUAUGUCUUUGUUCUUGGCAUCGUCUUCACAGGCACCAAAGACUUGCUCAAAUCUCAGGUUCUCUCGACAGACGCUAAGACAAAGUUUAUAGGAUUGUGGGAAAUCUACAGUGGGUUGGUCCUGCUGGCUGCGCUCUUACUCAGGCCUCACAACUUGCCCGUGUUGGUCUUCUGUCUUCUCAUCCAAGCCAUGAUGACAAAGUACGUCUGGAAGCCGCUGGAGUUUGAUGCAGCUCAAGUUACCAUCAUGCAUUACUGGUUUGGACAAGCGUUCUUCUUUUUCCAGGUAAGAGCAUAUUGUCUUUAGAAGGAACAUACAGUGGUACCUCAGGUUACAGAUGCUUCAGGUUACAUACACUUCAGGUUACAGGCUCUGCUAACCCAGAAAUAGUACCUCAGGUUAGAACUUUGCUUCAGGAUGAGAACAGAAAUUGCGCAGCGGCGGUUUGGAGGCAGCGGAAGGCCCUAUUAGCUAAAGUGGUACCUCAGGUUAAGAACAGUUUCAGGUUAAGAAUGGACCUCCAGAAUGAAUUAAGUUCUUAACCUGAGGUACCACUGUAUUUCCUUGGUUGUAGCCAGUUUCUUGUUUCAGUUCAAAUGCUUGCCUCUUAGGCGAUAAACUCUUGACCAGGAACUAGGGCUACAUUGAGUAUGGAACGUGGACACAGGUUGGCAGGGCCCAUUGCUACAGCUGUUUAUGUGGUGGUGGACCUUAAGAAAUUUGCUUGAGGGAGACCAGAAUCAUCAGGUUCUUUUCCAUGCAAGUCUUUGGCUUGAAAGAAACCCAUGUGGUUGUCCUUUUUGGACUUCAAGAGAGCAUUUAACACCUUCCUCUCCAUGUUUUUUGUUUUUGUUUUUAAUAUUUUAGCAAGCUGAUCGAUGGUUCGUAUUUAUAUUUUGUUUACCAAUUAAUUCUCGUCAGAAUUAAAUUUUUGUUUUUCAUUUGCUGGACCGAAAGGCAGUCUAUGGAAAUGAAUUACCGGGUGUUUUGUGUAGCAUUGUGGCAACCUUGGGUUUCUAGGCAAGCUCUGUUUUCAUUCAAAGCAUUUAAAAAGACCUCUCGCUUCUAAAGAGACUUAAAGCCACUUACCAAGAAAUUUCAGCAGUGGCAACAAUGGCCAGAUCUUGCCAGCUUUAAUUCAAUUUAUGAAAAUUCAGAUUGAGUCCUUUUCAAAGGUUAAUUGUAGUUCUGCUUAAAUGCAGCCUGUUGAUUUAAAGCAGAGCCUGUCGUGCCCAGCGGAAGGAUGAGGAAAAUGUGUUACAUACUCCAUAUUGCUUUAUUUACAGUUCAAAGCUGGUAUAUUACAGAAAGACAUCUUGCCUCUGUGCCGGAGCAGAAAAAUGCAUCCUCUCUCCUCGACAGCUUGGAGAGUAUCACACAGAGUGAAAAACAGGAAACCAGUGUACGUCACAUCCAGUCUCCCUUUCCCGUGAGAAACUCCAACAGUACAGACUGUGGAAUGUAAACACCUGUCUCAUGACAAGCAGAUGCUGCACAGUGAAGGAAAGCAGAAACCAACAUCCUCCCCCCUUUCUGUGAACAUCACUGGGCAGCGUGUUCGUACAAUAUCAGUACAAACCCAACUUCUGCACAUAGGUACAGUGUUGAUCCCUUGAUACAAUCUUGGACAAUACAUCAGCAGGAAUUUCAUUACCUGGCAUAUAGGACACCGUUACGAGUCCCUUCUGAAUACAUUCCUAGCAUGCUGCAACCUUAAUUACAAGUGCUUUGUGCUUUGCUUACAACCUUCAGACUUCAGCAAAGCCAAACAUGCUUUGUUGUCCUGGUAAACCUGGAUUGGACAUUUGACAGGAAUUUUCAUAUCUUUGCACAAUUGUACUAACCAUUCACAAUCCUUAAGUGAAUAAGACAGUGCAUUCAGUUCAGCUUCACAAGUACUUAAGCUAACUGUUGUUUGCUUCUUGCAUGACCAAUCAAAAAGACUCUGAUUGUACAUGUAGCAAACUCCAGACGUACUUUUCCUGUCUGUAGCGUCACUUCCAAAACUUGCAUCUGCAAAUAUCUCAAGACCACCAGACUUCUGAUUGUUAAAUCUCAGUCUGUAAUGCAUAGUGCCUUUCAAAUACCGCGCUAUGCGUUUCAGAGUUUUCCAAUCCUUGACACUAGGAUUGUUGACUUGUCUGCUUAGCAAAUUACAGCUAACAGCAAUGUCUGGUCUUGAACAUCUGGCAAUGAAGUUUAGCUUGCCUAGCACACUCUUGUACAGUGUAGUGUCAGAAAAUGCUUCUUCAGUGUCAUCUACCUGAUAACCUGUUGUCAUCGGUGUGUCUACAGGGUUAGCAUCCAUCAGAUUUAGUUUGCUUAACACAUCAGCAAUUUUCCGUGACUGGUGUACUAGAAUGUUACCAUCUUGAUCUCUCUCUAUUUCCAGAGAUAGGUAGUUGUUUACCUCACCAAGAUCUUUCAUGUCAAAGUGCUCUUUCAGUUGAGCUAGGGCGCUAUUGUACAUUGCAACAUCUUUCCAAAAGAAUAAUAAAUCAUCAACAUAAAACAAACAGUACAGUUUCUUUUGCCCCUCCUCUUUGACAAAUACACAUGGAUCAGCUUUCCCUUGCUGAAAACCUAGAGAAAACAAUACUUCAGUGAGUUUUGUGUGCCAACACCGUGCACUUUGUUUGAGACCAUAAAGGGAUUUCUUCAGAGCACAAACAAAUCCCUGUUUUACCUGUACGCCAUCAGGUGGAAGCAUAUAAAGUGAUUCAUCUAGAGAUCCGUACAGAAAAGCUGUAUUAAUAUCAUGGUGACUAAUGUGUAGAUUUUCCUCUGCAGCUAGCUUGAGCAUAAGCCUAAUGCUUUCAUAUCUCACUGUGGGUGAAUAGGUCUCGUGAUAGUCUUCACCUGGUACCUGUGCAAAACCUCUGGCUACCAAUCUGGCUUUGUGUCUGACUAUCUUGCCAUUUUGAUCUGUCUUCGCUUUGAAGACCCAUUUGCUUCCAAGCAGUUUCAUUCCUGGAACUACUGGAACUAGCUCCCAUGUUUUGUUCCUUUCUAAGGAAUCAAGCUCAGCCUUCAUGGCAUUUAACCAUGGCUCAGCUUCCUUUGAAUCCAAACCCUGGAUUUCUUGGAAACUUGAAGGUUCAAAUACCUUCUUGGAGCUUUUAACAGCUGUUACUGCUAUCGUAGCAAACUCAUCAGCAAAUCUCUUUGGAGGUUUGCCUUUUGUGGCUCUCUGUGACCUACGAAUUAGCCUUAAGUCUUCAACACUCUCCUCUUCCUUCUUAGGAGAAAAACGACCUAUUGUGAACAAUGGUUCCUCCAAUUCUUGAUCAGAGCUUUCAGAGGGUCGCAUAGAGGCUUUCGCACUCUUGAAAUCCUCUGAAUCACCCGAUUCAGUUUCAGAUUCAGACUCAGAACCUUCAUUAGUGGGUGUGGGCUGUUGUGGUUGCUUUUGACUAUCCUCAGUCUCAUCACCGUCAUCAGGAUAACAUUGGAAAAUUCCCACAUUCUCCCCCCCACUUUGCAUUGUACUCAACACUUCUCGUGAGCUUAAUUGUCUUAGAGUCAGUCAUCAUUAUUCUGUAAGACCCUUUCUGAUAACCUAGAAAGAUACCAUGCAAUCCACGCUUGUCUAACUUGGAGUUUUGUGGUGAGCGAACCCACAUGUCAGAACCAAAAAUCUUCAUGUGUUUGAUGUAUGGCUUCUUGCCAAACAUCUUCUCAUAGAAGUACAUCCAAUCGCUGAAGAUAACCUGCGAUUGUAACUGUAAACAAAACACGAGAGAGAUUCGGCCCAAUAACUCUCUGGAAGAUUGGCAUCAUGCAGCAAGGUUUUUAAGCCUUGAAGCAAUGUCUGAUUUGCCCGUUCCGCAAGUCCAUUCUGCCAUGGCGAGCGAGGACUAGACAAAUCGUGUUGAAUUCCUUUCUCAGUCAGAAAAGCUUCAAACUGCUGAGAAGUGAAUUCCCCCCCGCGAUCACUGAAAAGAGUCUUUAUCUUCUUACCAUGCACAUUUUCCAACCAAGCACAGAAUUCCUUGAACCUAGGAAAAGCCUCCGAUUUUUGCUUGAGAUUGUACACAAAAAUAUAUCUAGAAAAUGCAUCAAUGAGAACCAUGAAGUACCUAUUUCCACCCAAAGAGGGUGCUAAUGGUCCAACCAAAUCAGCAUGAAUAACCUGGUAUGGUUCUGUAGCUUUCCUACUAGACACCUUACCUUUCGCAGCCAUUUUCACCUUGUUUGCUGCGCAUGCUUUGCACUUCAUGUGGUACCUGCAGGGUUUAAUAGUCAUACCUUCAACCAAGGCAGGCAUUUUAGAUACUGCCUCAAAAUGCAAAUGACCAAAUUUGCGAUGAAAAUCGUGAAUACAUUCUGCAUGCAAACUUUUGUUAGAACCUGCAAUGCAACAAGUGUCAUCCUGCACCACAUCAUCAUAAUACAAAACAAACAAAUGAUCAACAUAUUCUGCAUGCAAUACAUAAUCAUUUUUCUUUGUGAUGAUGCACUUCUUGUUCUUGAAGGAAACGUCAAUGUUCCGCUCAUUCAGCUGUCCAACGCUGAGCAGAUUAUGUUUGGCGUCUGGCACGUAAAGCACAUUCUGUAUCGAUAAGUCCAAACUGUGAAGAACAACAGUUCCGUAGCCUUUACUGGGAAUAGUGUGGUCAUCCGCCUGGUGAAUCGCACCUUCCUGCGGUGUAAAAGACACAAACAGUUUCUUAUCGUUGCACAUGUGGUGGGUGGCCGCUGAAUCAACAACGAAGAAAGAUCUAGACGUCUUCUGGACCUUUGCAACCUUUGGAGUGAAGCGUGAAACCAUAGCCUUGUGCUGCGUUGUCCUAGACACCGGACCUUUGCCUUUGCCUCGGCCUUUUCCGCGCGAUGAGCUUUCGCUGCGCUGCUCUGUCUUGGCCCUGGGAUGUCUGCAUUCCCUCUUCAUAUGGCCUAGACGUCCACACGAGUAGCAUUUGACUGCCUUCAAAGCUUUGGCGCCAUCUGGUGGUUCCACUGCACUAUGGGAUGACGUCUGUGAAGACUCCCCUUGCCCAUGCAGCUAGCACCCGGCGAUCUGCUUCAUUUACAAUCACGUAAGUAACAAAGUCCAAUGUCAGCUGAGCAGUUGGUUGCACAGCAAUCUGGGUUGCAACAGACUCCCAACCUGAACCCAAAGAUUGUAGUAUCAUGAAAGAAUACACAGCCUCUGGAAAGUUGAGUCCUCUCUGUUGCAGCUCAUGUCUCAGAUUUUGCAUCUGCAUCAGAUGUAAACGCACAUCUCCACCUUCAGCAAGAGCCAUAUUAUGCAGCUUGUUAAAAUAAAACAUAGUUGAUCCAGCUUCUGUCCUUAAGUGAGCCUCUCUCAGAGCGUCCCAAAUUUCUCUGGCUGAGGUCUUAUCACGCAAUAGACAGAGCUCUUCUGGGGAUACUAUCAAUGUAAGAGUUCCCCUUGCUUUGGAAUCCUUAGCUUCCCAUGCAUCUGUAACUGGAAGUGGGGGUUGGUCCUGUACUCACCUCAAACAAACCCUCUUUCCGCAGAAUUGCCUCUGCAUACUGAACCCAGUCGCUGUAAUUUUUCUUGUUGAGCUUAGGAAUCCCACAAGCAUCCUGAAGGGCCAUCAUGACUCUGGCAUUAGCCUUCAGCGUCAUAUGCUGCUUUAAAUCUUGCUGCGUCACUGCUGCAGCUGCCUUAUCCAAAGGCACACUUAAAAGUUACUUUCGAUUUCCCCAGCAUAGUGACUUGUGCCUGGGAGCCUUUUGCCUAUUCCCGGCAAAACCGGCUUUAAAAGUUCAAAGUCCAGCCAUAAAGCCAUUAACUUGAAGUUGGCAGGCUGCCCGGAGCAGUAGCACAUACCUCAUCAAUCACUUCGACGCGCAGAGCAGAUUCCUUUCCGAUCCGUCCCUCUGCAUUCCGAUCCUUUGCCGGCACUCCGAUUCGACUCCUGGAGUCCAUAACCACGUGUUGAUUUAAAGCAGAGCCUGUCGUGCCCAGCGGAAGGAUGAGGAAAAUGUGUUACAUACUCCAUAUUGCUUUAUUUACAGUUCAAAGCUGGUAUAUUACAGAAAGACAUCUUGCCUCUGUGCCGGAGCAGAAAAAUGCAUCCUCUCUCCUCGACAGCUUGGAGAGUAUCACACAGAGUGAAAAACAGGAAACCAGUGUACGUCACAUCCAGUCUCCCUUUCCCGUGAGAAACUCCAACAGUACAGACUGUGGAAUGUAAACACCUGUCUCAUGACAAGCAGAUGCUGCACAGUGAAGGAAAGCAGAAACCAACAUAUGGACUUCAUAUGGAAGGGAGAGAAGUGGCAUGAAGAAUUUCUGUAGUGGCUAUUGUACCUUUGUACUACAAAAAUGUUUGCCUGUGGAGACUGGCAAUUAAGUUUUGAAGAAUUGAAAAUACCAAAAUACAGAUGAUCCUUCUUUAUAGUGGAGAACAUACUAAUGUGUGUGGAAUACAUGAAGUGUAUGUGGUGUUAGGGGAGGGGUAGUUCCUCUGGUGGAGGACAUAUUGUGCUCCUUCUGGGAUAGUUCUUCCACCUUUGAUCCCAACCCUGCACUGAUCUUUCACCUGCGGCUGCCAGAAACUGUCAGCAUAUGACAGUGGCCACACCUUGGGAAAUGGCUUUGACCGGCUGGUUAAACCAGGUGAGGGUAGCUGAUGGGUCUCAAACAUUUGAUGAUUUAGGCAGCAAAGAUAGGCCCGGCAGAUUGAACAGACUAGACCAAUGGUGUGGGUCUAAUAAUAAUAAUAAUAAUAAAUAAUUUUAAUUAUAUCCCGCCCUCCCCAGCCAAAGCUGGGCUCAGAGUGGCUAACAACAGUAAAACGAUAAAACAUUCUAAAUUCAUUUCAUUAUAAAAUUAAUUCCAAUAAAAUGAAUGGCAACCAUUGGGCUAGAAGUUCUGUAAGGAUUGCCAAAGGAGGGAGUCAGGCUGUGCCCUGGCCAAAGGCCUGGUGGAACAGCUCUAUCUUGCAGGCCCUGCGGAAAGAUGUCAAGUCCCACAGGGCCCUAGUCUCUUGUGACAGAGCGUUCCACCAGAUCGGAGCUACAGCCGAAAAAGCCCUGGCUCUGGUUGAGGCCAGUCUAAUGGUCAAGAAAGCGGUUUCUACACUUGUAAGGGGCAGAUGAGGCUUGUCAAGUUGGAAGGGUAGCCCAUCUAGGAGAACGAAAACUGAUCCCCAACCUCUGCUGCCUUGUGUCUAUACUCAUUCAUGAGAUCAGCUUCGGGAGUAAACCCUGAGGAAAAAUCUGUACCCACUAUCUUGCGGGACAUCUUCAGGAGAAGAAAAGGCAAAGGAGUUAACUCUACACAAAUCCAGAGUGGAGUCCCUAAGGCAGUUGGAUGGUGUCUCGUAUGCCUUCUUCCGGCGACUCCUGCAGCCAAGCUGGUACCAGAUGUAUUGCUCUGCUUUCCUUUGGAUCACAUCAACACGGUCGGGAAGGGACUUCCGAGGAAGACAACCCAGGACACUGCCCCGGCUUGCACCGCAGGGAGAUCACUUUGGUGCUGCUAACACAGCAAAAACAACACAGAAGGCUGCAGUUGUUACCGGUCUCUGCAGCCACAGCAGGCGCUAUGAUUUUCCAGUCGUUUGACUUUGCCCCCAGAGGCGCACUCCAUUGUCUUCUUGAGACAGAUGGAUGCCAACAACAGCAUGAGGAAACUCUGGUGAAUUUCUUGCAUGCAAAUUCACCACUCAAGUUUUUAAAAGAGGAAAUGGGGAUUUGCAUCCCCUCCACCUGUCCGCCGGGGCACUCAGAACACCUUCUAAUAAAAUACAUGUUCAAGCCAAUUCAGAAUACUUGCUACAGGAUUAGUGGUUCUGGCAAUGGAAAGACACCCCUUUAUUUUUUCACACCCAAUACUUGUUCUUUAAAACCUGUCCUGUUUCCUACCGACACACUGCUAGGCAUACAUUCUCUUUUGGCUUUGCUUCACUAUUAAUAGAAAAGCAUGCCCUGCACCCAGAAAAGUCAUUAAACACUGCCCCCCCCACCUCCAUGUUAAAAGAAGCUUGAGCGAUUAACAGGCAGUCGGUCUUCAUAAAAUAGUUCAUGUGAUCAACCCUGUAACUGAAAUUGGAAACGCUUUUAGAAGCCUCAGGAAUACUAUUUUUGGAAUACUCUUAAAUUAAACUCUGUGUUGCCAUUUUCUCUUAGCUGUGUUCUUGUGUAGAACUGCUGGCAAUUAAGCAAUGCUGGUGAGAUGCAUAUGGUUUCUUUGCAGACUUUCUGUUGCAUUAGAGGCUAUAGUAUAUUGGUAGAGUCUUGGUUCAUACUUUGGUUUAAUUGAAUUAUCCAUCCAUGCACCCCUCCUGCGACAGAUUGGCUAAUGAUCCUGAAGUUCUGAGGCAGCAAGUACGAGUAGCUUUUAAAGAUCCCAUUAAAACCUAAUGAAAAGUACUGCUUAUAUACUUCCCUCCAUCUCCCUGUACUUAUUUAACGCAAGCUUCCUCAGGAUUAUUCUAGAAAGGAAAGCCUUAAGCUUCUGAAAUAUUUGGAGGCCUUGCGUUUACAGUGGGGAUGUAUGUGUGUGGGGGGUUUAUAGGGUAGACAGGAGAAUGUCUGCACACCAGACUGCUUGGAUGGGAUCAUGGCAGUGUUAACAGGAUACUGUUAAUUCUUAGGGAUUGUUUACAGCAGGACUCAAACCAAUGGAUUCAAGUUACAAGCAUGAGAUUCUGGCUAAACAUCAGGAAGAACUUUCUGAGGGUAAGAGCUGUUUGACAGUGGAACGAACUCCCUCAGGAGGCGGUGGACUCUCCUUCCUUGGAGGUUGUUAAGCAGGGGUCGGCAAGGUUUAUCGGCCAUGGGCCAGAUCACUCCCACGGAGAUCGUCUGUGGGCCGGACUGGCACAGUGCGACACCAAAAAUUACAUCUGCGCCUGUUUGCGGCACCAUAAACCGCUUCUGCGCAUGCCCAGAUGACGGAAAUCGUGCUUGCGCGGAAGCGAUUUUCGGCAUCUGGACAUGCACAGAUGCGAUUUUCAGUAUCUGCCUGUGUGCAGACGUGAUUUUCAGCGCCAGUCGGGGAGUCCCCGCACCGUGCUGCACCAGUUUAGCGCAGCGUGAGGGGGACUCGCCCAGCGGGAGGCUCGGUUCAGGGGCGGCUCAUGGACCGGUAAAACGGUCUUCGUGGGCCGUAUCCAGCCCAUGGGCUGCACAUUGCCAACCCCUGUUUUUAAGCAUAGGUUGGUUGGCCAUCUGUCAUAGAUGCUUUAGUUGAGAUUCCUGCAUUGCAUUCUACGAUUCCCAUCAAGGCCCCUCAAGGAAGCAGAUGUAAUGUCUCAGAAUAUCACAAGGUGCUUACUUUGCAGACCUCAUGGGCUUGGGUGCGUAGCUUGUCUCUGCAUUUUCCUUGGGCUCCGAGGGCCUUCUGGCAGCUCCCUCACAGUGAGAAGUGAAGCUACAGGGAACCAGGCAGAGGGCCUUCUCGGUAGUGGCGCCCGCCCUGUGGAACGCCCUCCCAUCACAUGUCAAGGAAAUAAACAACUAUCUGACUUUUAGAAGACACCUGAAGGCAUCCCUGUUUAGGGAAGUUUUUAAUGUUUGAUGUUUUUCCGCUUUUUAUUAUUGUUAUUAAUAUUUUGUUGGGAGCCGCCCAGAGUGGCUGGGGAAACCCAGCCAGAUGGGCAGAAUAUAAAUAGUAAAUUAUUAUUAUUAUUGGGGCAUGCCGUAGUCCUAAAUUGGGUAAAUCUGAGGAGAAAUCUGAUUUAAGAGAUUAAAGAUUUUCCUGGCUGCAGAGAACCUUCCAACAUACACUUAUUUGCCAGGGAAUCCUCUGGUAUUGGGCCACAAGAACCCUGGAACACUCCAGAGAAUGUUCCGGUGUGUUUCAGGGCAUUAUUUCAGGUCCUACAUUACUACAAUCUGUUGGGCCUCCGCAAAGCCCCAGAUGAACCGAGAGUGUGCUACAAUGUGCUUAACAUUUCCCCGUGGCUGCACAUUGGAAGGGAAGAUUAAUAAUAGCUGUUGGCAACCGGUGUUUCAGGAAAGAUUGCCAGUGUUAUUAAUCUUCUUUGAGGAGCCCCGAUGAGCGUCUGAGGAAUUCCGAGUUAAACAUAAGGACAUAAGAUGAGCCUGUUGUUCAGGCCAAAGGCCCAUCUAGUCCAACAGCCUGUUUUCACAGAGGCCAGCCAGGUGUCUCUGGGAUUUCCGCAAGGAGAUCCUGAGCCCAACAGCAUUUAGCAACUGAUAUUUCAAGCAUUUGGCCCUCCAGCCAAACUCUGAAUUCCCUGAAAUGUAGUUUGAAAGAUACUUCGCCUUAAAGUCCCGUGAUUCUGGUUCUUGUUCCUGAGAUUGCACUUACUGCGCUGUCAUUUAAAUUGUUUUGCAUGGUGUUCUGGUUGCAAGAACUCCCAUAAGAAAUUGGAGCCUAUUUCGUUGCUUGAUCUGAAGCUUUACCACCAAGCUUGGAAAUAUAUGUCUCAGAAGUAGAUAGCAGUUUUGUUAUGUACUGAAGUUCUCACCCUGGGCCAGCAGGGGGUUACUGUAGAUAGUUUUCACUCAGAUCCACAUAUGCAAAUAAGGGAUUGAAAGUGACAUACAUUGAUUGGAUAGUUACAGAAAGUGGUUACUAUUGCGUUGUAGUGGAGCUCUAUAUAAGCAGGCUGACUGAACCCUUCAGUUCAGUUCUGUUCUGGCCUGUGAAUAAACAAGAGCUGUUUGAAGAAUCGCUGUGUUGUCAGAUAUGUUCACCCACAACUUAACAAGUUCUCCACCUUAACUUUUUUUUCAGGGCUGUGGGAUGGCUUUGUAUUCCGUCCAUCUCUUUUGUUUUGCUCUCCAGGCAAGGAGAUACAGGAGGUUUUGCCCUAGGUUGAAGAACUCUUUAACUGCCACUCUGACUCAACCCUUUCGUAGAUGCUUAGCACUGAUAGUCCGUUGAAGUGUUUAUCUCUGUUUUCCAAGCUGGUCAGGCCACCAUUUUGUAUUGGGGCAGAACAAGUGAAGCUCAUCGCUUCUGGGGUGUGUGAAUUGGGACAGUGGCUUGUAGGGAUAUGCAAAGAAUAUUCCCUUCUAUGAUUGGAAUGAAUCACCCUUCCAUUCCUUUUUCCCACUUGUGUCUUUUAAACUUCUUUGCUACUGGGGCAAGGACUAUCUUAGAACUGAUUUUUGUAAGCUGCUAUGAGAGACAUUUUCAGUUAAAAGGCAGGGUAUAAAAGCUGUAUGUAAAUAAUAAACAUAUAUAUAUAUGUGUGUGUGUGUGUGUGUGUGUAUAUAUAUAUAUACACACACACACACACAUAUAUAUAUAUAUAUGAGGGUAGAGUGAACUAUUUAUUCAGAGAAGAUUUUUUUUUUUAGCGUACUGUUAUAUUGCCACCAUGAGAAGCACCAUAUGGAUUUGCUGCCUUGAGGACCAUAAACACUCCAUCUCUGGCUCUGCCUUCUGAAAACUAACCAAUGCCUGUGUUGGCGCUGUUGAUCAUAGGAAACUGACUCGUAGCUUGUUGGACUGUAUGCCCACCUAGCCCACUAUUGUCUACUCUGGCAGCAGCUUCCCAGGAUUCUCAGGUAGAGGCCCUUCCCGUCACCUGUGACCUGAGUGUUUUAAUUGGAGGUGCCAGGGAUUCAGCCUGCAACCUUCCGUACAUGCUUUUUGUGUGGUUAUGUGCCAGAACAAACCUCUUGCUUAUGCCACAUCCACCGUGUGUAGAGGAGGAAUGGAGAACCUGUGGGCCUGCAGAUGCCUCAUUUAUACUGUGGAGCAUAAUUAUUAUUAUUAUUAUUAUUAUUAUUAUUAUUAUUAUUUAUUUCUACCCUGCCCAUCUGGCUGGGCUUCCCUAGCCACCCAACAGAACAUUAAAAACAGAAUAAAACUUCAAACAUUAAACACUUCCCUAACAGGGCUGCCUUCAGAUGUCUUCUAAAAGUCAGAUAGUUGUUUAUUUCCUUGACAUCUGAUGGGAGGGUGUUCCACAGGGCGGGCACCACUACCGAGAAGGCCCUCUGCCUGGUUCCCUGCAACCUCACUUCUCGCAAUGAGGGAACCGCCAGAAGGCCCUCGGAGCUGGACCUCAGUGUCCGGGCAGAAUGAUGGGGGUGGAGACGCUCCUUCAGGUAUACUGGGCCGAGGCCGUUUAGGGCUUUAAAGGUCAGCACCAACACUUUGAAUUGUGCUGGUACUAGUUGACAUGGACCCAAUGUGUGCAUGCUUGUGGUUAUAAGGCAAAGGGUGGAUGAAUGCUGAAACAAGGCCCAAGGGGUUGGUGUGCGGGCCACAUCUCAGGCUCUAAUCGUGAGUGAUAUUGGCAUGGGUGUGUGCCAGGGCCGGGCAAUAUAUCGUCCAAAAGUGGUUUGAAGUACAUAUCGUGAUAUCGGUUUCAUAGUUUUUGACAUGGCAAUAUACGGCGAAUCAUGAUGUGUGUGUGUUUGUGUGCUAUGCAAAAAUCAUAAUGUGGGGGGAAACGUGAAGCCAGCCAAUGCCUCUUCAUAGUUCUAUCCUUAUUUCAGACAUUGUGAUAUAUCGGUUUGUUGCGAUGUUUAGCUGGUGAUAUGUCAUGAAGUUGAAAACCAGAUAUCGCCUAUCCCUAGUGUAUGUACAAGCUAGGAAGCCAGAGAUUUGUCCUCGUUCCUCACCAAAUCUACUGGGUGCUUUGUGGGUUUCCUCUCAAAGUGACACGAAAGUAGACGUUGAGUUUUGUUACCGUAUAAACAUUGUUGUGUUUUGCUUUUCGCCCAUUUCUGUCUACAUCUUGAUAUAGAACCUAGUCCCCAUUAAAAAUUACUGUUCUGUUCAUUUUGUUUCUAAUGCAUGUUCAAAAAUUUAUAACGAACAAAAGAGAACAUUUGUCUGGCCACUUAGGCCUCCCGUUGCAGUAGAUAGAUAUUGUGUGGCUGCUUCCUCCGCACAAUGCUUCCAUUCUGACGGUUUGUCCUCUCCCGAAUACAAAUUUGUAUACGCCUCUGAGCACCGGGCAAUGGCUUUGUGAAGCUGGCAUCCUCUUGGGAACAGAAUUCGCAUAGCACAGCGUAAAUAUUUAAAAUGUAAUAUCUGCACAGUACACUUUACCUCAAGGUAUGCCGCGCUCUAAACUGCGGAAUCAAAUAAGGAACGAAGAACAGAUUCGCUUUGAGCCGGGGGAGUAUAUAAAAUCUUUAUAUAAAGAAAACUAAAAAUAAAUAAGCCACUUGUUUGUGAUUUAUACGGAAGUGGUUCGAAUGCCUCUUUUAAACACUGGAGGGAUCUCAUAUUGUCCUUUAUAUCCCUGAGUUGACAACAACAACAAUGGAUUAUCCCAGGGGUUUUUUCAACCGGAACUCAGUUCCAGCACCUCUCAGGUAGGCACCAUUGCCAUUCUAAGAAAACAAGGGAGGUGUUCAUGGUGACUUCCAGUUCCUCUUUUUCUAGAAAAAUAGCACCGGAUUAUCCACACGGGACAUUUUUUAAGCCACACGAGAGCUGAAAGGCCGGCACAUGGUCUCCCGCCACUGACCAACUCUCCCGGCAAACUGAUGGGAUCCAUGAACUUUUUAAUCCAGGCAUAGGCAAACUCGGCCCUCCAGAUGUUUUGGGACUACAGCUCCCAUCAUCCCUAGCUAACAGGACCAGUGGACAGGGAUUAUGGGAGUUGUAGUCCCAAAGCAUCUGGAGGGCUGAGUUUGCCUAUGCCUGUUUUAAUCCCAUAGUCCCUAAUUUGAAGAGCAACAGUUAGUCGGUUCCCCGUGUGAGCUAGGACCCUAGCAAAUAGGAAUGAAGAGCAUGAUGGAGGACUCUAGAAGGCUUAGAUGUGACAGUUGUAGAGAUCAGAUCCAAAUUAUCUCCUCUCCAAGCUGCUAUUUACUCCACAUGGCAAAGCAUUCAGGUACUCGUGAUCAUACACUUAUGGUCUCUUCCCCCCACCCCCGGUAAAUAGCAAAUGUGAGGGGGGAUUUCGAUUGGGGAAAACUGGAAGAAAGGGUUAAAACCUCACCUUUUGCAGCACUGUGUCCAUAAUCAGCACCGCCUUCUCCAUAUACACCUUCCAUGUAGGUAACGCAUUUCCUGAUACAAAUGGUUUGGCCUUCAAAAGCUUCUGUUGGUGCACACACCUGAGACUUAAAGGGCUCUUUGCUUAUGUCUGUUUAAGAAAUUGAGUGAGGUGCAAAAUAUCUACAUGGUGCCUAGGGAACAACUUGCACCUUAAUAUCAGCAAGACAAAGGAGAUGGUGUUGGACUUUCAGAGGAAGAGAGGAGAACUAGCCCCGCUGUACAUCGGGGAGGGCUGUGUGGAGAGAGUCUUUUCCUUUAAAUUCCUAGGAGUUUAUCUCAGUGAAGAAGUGAAGACCUUACUUGGAAAAUCAAUACAACCCAGGUGGUUAAGAAAGCCCAACAGAGACUCCAUCUCCUCAGAGCAUUGCAAAAGAACGAUGUCAAUCAAGAUUUGAUGAUCUCCUUCUAGCAGUCCACAAUAGAAAGUGUCCUACCAUACUGCAUCACGGUGUGGUACGCUGGUUUGACAUCAACUGAUAGGAAGUACCUACAGAGGGUGGUAGAGACAUCACCUUGCCAACAAAGGUCCGUAUAGUAAAAGCCAUGGUUUUCCCAGUAGUGAUGUAUGGAAGUGAGAGCUGGACUAUAAAGAAGGCUGAUCGUCGAAGAAUUGAUGCUUUUGAAUUAUGGUGCUGGAGGAGACUCUUGAGAGUCCCAUGGACUGCACGAAGAUCAAACCUCUCCAUACUUAAGGAAAUCAGGCCUGAGGGCUCACUGGAAGGACAGAUCCUGAAGCUGAGGCUCCAAUACUUUGGCCACCUCAUGAGAAGAGAAGACUCCCUGGAAAAGACCCUGAUGUUGGGAAAGAUGGAGGGCACAAGGAGAAGGGGACGACAGAGGACGAGAUGGUUGGACAGUGUUCUCGAAGCUACCAGCAUGAGUUUGACCAAACUGCGGGAGGCAGUGGAAGACAGGAGUGCCUGGUGUGCUCUGGUCCAUGGGGUCACGAAGAGUCGGACACUACUAAACGACUAAACAACAACAACAACAGAGGGUGGUGAAUACGGCACAAGAUAUUAUGGGCUGUCCCGUGAAUCCACUGGAUGACAUUGCGGAAUAAGUUGCCUCAGGAGAGUGAGGAAAAUUCUCAGGGAUGAUUCACACCCUGGCCGGCACUUUCUUGAUCUCCUGCCCUCAGGCAGAAGAUAAAGAAGCAUGAUUAGUUGCACCAACAGGGUAAAUAACAGCUUUUAUCCAUGGGCUGUUAGACUGCUGAAUGAAAAGAUAACAACAGGGCAACUGACUUUUGGGUUUGGUGGGUGUGCGUCAGUAAACGAGGGGAAUUGAGACUAAGAGAGCUGAGUGGGUGGUGCUCUUGUAAUCUUACUGUAUACAGGUUGUACAAGUGACAAUAAAGUAUUUCAAUUUCAAUUCAAUAGUGGACAGCUUCCUGAGGUUGGGGGCUGAUUGAGUCUCCAGGUCUCUGUUACUAUUAAUGGUCUUAUUUCUUUAGGAAAUUUAUAUUUUAAAAAAUGCACAUGCACAAACAUAAACAUAAGGGAAAUAAAAAAGCAUAAAAUGUAGCAGAACAUAUUGCAUAGUGAUCAGUGGCCUUUUGUUGAUGACAAUAAUUAUCCAGAAAUGCUUGGGAAACAGAAAGGUUUCUUAAGAAGGCAGCAGGAAACAUGAUAUAGUUGACGCCUGUUUAAUGUCUAGGGCUCGAGUGUGGAACUUCUGGUCUUGGGUAAUGGGCCUUGGAGAUGCUUCCCCAGGCCACCCCCUUCACUGACAAUGCCACACUCCUCCAGUUCUUCUGCCUGGCUGGAAGGAUCCUUGAUCUAUAAUAAUGCCUCUUACUGGAUGGAGAGAUGUACCGUAUUUUUCACUCUAUAAAACACACCCAACCAUAAGACGCACCUAGUUUUAGAGGGGGAGAACAAGAAAAAAAAUAUUCUCUCCCUCUCUCCGCAGCGCUCCUUCAGCGAAGCGGCAGGAGAAACGGAGCCCCUUCUAUUUCUCCUCCCGCUUCGCUGAAGUGGCGCUACGUAGAGAGGGAAAGCUGCGCAGCACCUCUCCAGCGAAGCGAAGCCAGGAGAGCAAGAGGGAUCGGUGCGCACCGACCCCUCUUGCUCUCCUGGCUUCAGCGAAAGCAACGCGAACCCUCCAGAGCGCAGUGGGAGCUCCCGCUGCGCUCUGGAGGCUUCACGUUGCUUUUGCUGAAGCCAUGGAGCCUGGACUCGCUCCAUAAGACGCACACACAUUUCCCCUUACAUUUUAGGAGGGGAAAAGUGCGUCUUAUAGAGUGAAAAAUACGGUACAUGUAGAAACCUCUGACUUCUCUGUGCCUGAAUCACAGCCUCUGGACAGUUGCCCACUAGUCAGAGUGUUGCCCUUUGGGCUAAAAGUAUUCCCUGCCCCUGGCCUGGGGGAAAGGUGUAAAGACAGAGUUCUGAAAGGCCUCCUACCCCUUAUGACCUCCAGAUGUAUCUUGGGUACCUUUACCUCGCAGAAUAGCUUUCAAAUUUUCACUGUGUGGAUCUAGCUGCUCAGUAUUUUCCUUUUCUUCCAGGGCAACUCAAACAGCAUUGCGUCUGUGGACGUUUCGGCUGGCUUUGUCGGGCUUGAUAACUACGUGGAAAUCCCGGCCAUCUUCCUAACUGGAUUUGCAACGUACUCUGGACCUUUAUUGUGGGCCGUUCAUUUGCUAUGCUAUUUGAGCUCCGAUGUGAGCAGGUAAUCUGUGUGUUUGGGGUUUUUUUGCACUGACCGCAGCUUUAUAAAUACUGCUAAAUGUUUAAUUUCUUUCUGGCUGUGUGCUGAAUGUCACAGUCCAUGCUCCAGCGAACUUUGCAAGCCUAAGGGGCGAGCUGGAGAUGUUUUGGCAAAUGCGUGUUCUCAAAGUUGCGUGGGCCGAGAUAAUGGAACGUUUUAAGAGGGCAGGACUGGCAGGCAAGCAGGAGGCUCUUUUUUAUUCUGCCCACUGAUCCAGCAAUUGGGUUUUUAGAGUCUGGCUGGAGAAAAGAAGUGAAAAAUUACUGGUGGGUGGGGAGAGAAUUCCUGGGCAGGGGGGAUAAACAUACCUGCCUGCAGAUUCUGCCUUGCAAUUGUCCACAUUUCCCCCCAUAUUAGCAUUUCAAAAAGGCUUUGUUGGCAUCUGUCUGUCUCAAGAGACAAUGGAGUGCUGACAAUGGAGUCCAACUGCUGCGCUGGCAGCACCAAAGUGACCUUCCUGGGAUGCAGUCCUAGGCUGUGUGUAUGGAGGUCCUGGGCUACCCAGGCGACAAGACCCCACUCCCACCCCGGCCUCGCUGAUGUGGUCCAAAGGAAAGCAGAGCAAUACGUUUGGCACCAGCUUAGCUGAAGUGAUGGACAUUGAAGCAGGAGCUGAUAAUGCAGGUGAGCUGCAAGCAAGCUGCCGGCCAGCCCUGUGGAGCCUCCUUUUAUUGACACAAAUAUGCAAACCAGGCAGAUACAUUUUGGGCUGUGACCUUUACACAUCUUCCGGUCUCGAGAUCAUGGGGUGGUACAAAGUUAUUUUGGCACCUGUUUCCACCACGUCAUUUUCCCUUUGCACAGUGUAUGAUGAAGGAGACAAUAGGUCUCAGAGACAAGGGUUACAGACAGGACACCGCAGACUACUGAGACUGCAAAAGGUUAGACAGAGGCAACGAUGUUGAGACAGCUGUGGCUUGUGGGGGGGGGGUGCCCCGCACCCCAAGGUCACGCGUGCAGGCAGGCUGAGGCUGCCUGCGGGUGGGGAUUGUGCUCCCUCCGGACCCCACUCCGCGAUCAUUCCUACAGUUAGCUGCAGGAGUUGCCGGAAGGAGGCGUACAAGACACCAUCCAACUGUCUUAGGGACUCCACUCUGGUUUUGUGAAGGGUUUACUCCUUAGCCUUUCCUUCUCCUGAAGACGGCAGCGGAGGUUUAGUGUCAGAAGUCUGAUCCUAAGGGUUGGAAAAGGUGUGCUUUCUUUUUCUGCUUUGGCUCAAAAUAACACAAAUGGGAUACGGCAGGCAUAGGCAAACUCGGCCCUCCAGAUGUUUUGGGACUACAGCUCCCAUCAUCCCUGACCACUGGUCCUGUUAGCUAGGGAUGAUGGGAGUUGUAGUUCCAAAACAUCUGGAGGGCCAAGUUUGCCUAUGCUUGGGAUAUGGCUACGUGGUCAAGAGCACUGGAGAGCCUUGGUUACAAAGAUCCAAACUGACAGUCUCCACACCUGUUGACUUUUCCUGAGUCAGAGUAGGAAUGAUGGGGAGCAGGGAGUGGGAUGCCAUAGCCUGAGGGCACUCGGUGUACUUUCAAGGAGCAUCACCCAGUUGGCCUCGUGUCUCCUCCUACCCUUCCCUUUGGGGGUGGUGACUAGGGUUUUCAGCCUGGCCAACAAGGCCAUCCAAAAAUUGUAGAACCCCCCCCCCAUAGAGUGAAUGUAUAUAUUCACAAUAUACAUUGGUACCUCGGGUUAAGUACUUAAUUCAUUCCGGAGGUCCGUUCUUAACCUGAAACCGUUCUUAACCUCAAGCACCACUUUAGCUAAUGAGGCCUCCUGCUGCUGCUGCGCCGCCGGAGCACGAUUUCUGUUCUCAUCCUGAAGCAAAGUUCUUAACCUGAAGCACUAUUUCUGGGUUAGCGGAGUCUGUAACCUGAAGCGUAUGUAACCUGAAGCGUAUGUAACCUGAGGUACCUCUGUAAAGGGCUUGCGGCUGAAUGUGUAUCAGCUUUUUAAUAUUGAGCACUGGUUUUGAAGCUUUCUCAUUAUAUGUAAGCUAAUUUGAAGCCGUUGGCGGGGCUUCCUGGUAAAACUCAGGAGAAUUCCUAACUCAGGAGACCUUGUCGCCUUUCUCCUUUUUAAAAUAUGGUAGUUCAUAUUAUUUAUAUAUAUAUUUAUAUAUAAAAUACAAUAAUAAAUAAAAUCACCUUCCUCCCCUAUAAGGAUCGUCAAAGCUGCUUAUGUUACAAGUAUCAAAUAAAAGCACUAUUAAACUCCAAAAUAAAAACUAGAAGAUAAUGAAAACAGCAGCUUACAUGCUUAAAAUGACAACAUAAACAUUACCAUGUCAAACUUGCCACUACCCCGUAGCCAGCUGCAAAUGCCUGGUGGGGUGUUUAUUAUUAUUAUUAUAUUUUAUUAUUUUCUAUUAUUUUAAAAAUUAGUUGCCAAAAAGAAAUAAGUACUUUGAGUUACAUAUUGGAAAAAUGACUCAACUAAACAAAUGUUUAGUUAAUAACUAUUCAUAAUCUAUUUUACAGCAACUUAAAACAUUAACUUAAGAUGACUUGACAAUUAAGAGAAACGUAUUUACAGUAUUUUUAAUUAAUUUGAACUAUGUUAAAAUCAUUUAAUAUCGGCUCCAGAAGUAAUGUUUGGACAAGCCCUAGUGGGAUGAAAGUGUUUGUUUUAAGUAUAUAAUCUCCAUUUUUUUAAAACAACGCAAACAGUUCCUAUUAAAACUUAGGACGAACAACAGCAACUGGAAAAUUUGGCAAAAAGAUUAAUUGCAUUACAUCAGAAUGACAAAUUUUCCUGGCUGGACUGCUUGAUUAAAGAGCUGCAAAUAUUGUUCAUGUUCUUAAAAUAGAUUCUUAGUUUAAUUGGUUGUGUUCCCUUUAGUUUCCUAAAGCCUUACUAGAUGGGUGAAUUUCGCCCAUAUGCAGUGUACUUCAGAUCCUUUAAAAGGAAAAUACCCCUGUUGAGGUAUUGCCACUGACUAGCUAACUCAAUCCUUGCAGCGACAGUCACAUUAACACCAGUUUUUUAAAAAGGUGUUUUCAUUCCAAAACCUUUAUAUAGCUAAGUAGAAAAAUAUACCCAGGGGCAGGAGAGGUAAAUGAACAACAGCCACAUGGCCAUCCAAAGAAGUAGACCGAGAGUCCUAAAAGGAUUCUGUUAAGAUGAAAGUCAUAAUGUGAAAAUAGGUGAAUGGCCAGAGAAGGGUUUAAUGCUGUGUAGUUAAAACAUUUUGGCUUCUGCCUUCCUUGGCAACUUCAUCUGCAUUACUGAACUCAGCUGGAAAAGAGAGCUUUUUGUCACCAUAUUGAUAACACCCAACUCCAGACCCUCAGACCUCAUUUGUAGGCUUCAUGCCCUAGGGGCUGAGGUCCCUUCGCCCCCUUGUGAUCGAUUAUGUGGGGCAGGGCUUACCUAGAACCCCUCUCCCCAUAUUUUAUUCAAGUUGGCACUCCUGGCUUCAUGCAAAUGUCGAAUGAGGAGCCCUGUAAGGCGUGCAUCCCAAUCCCACCUUCUGGAACUGGUCCUCCAGGUUCGAGCAGAACCAUCCAAAGUUGGUGCCUCCAUACGCCAACCUGAGAUCGUACCCAAAGGCUACCAUGCUUCAUAGUAUCAAAUGCCAGAAUGAACAGGGUGGAACUCCCUGUGUCUUUCCCAGCACAGGUUCAGCCUGACCAAGGCAGUGAUCCUCCUAACAACCUGCCAGGUUGGUCACCACUAUUUCCAUAUUGCAGAUUCCAUGGGUGGGCAGGAGGGACAUGAGAACUGAGGUCUUCCUGAUUCCACAGUUCAGCUACUUAGCCUCUCUGCCUCUUUAGCACACAAGCUGGGAAAAUCCUGACUCGCCAGAGGUUAUAUUAAGAGAACAGGACCUGCCUUUGAAUUACUGCCAGGUUGCUGUGAUUUUCACUUCAAAGUAGAGAUUGGCUUAUCAGUCUCACUACUGCCCAAUAUAAAAACCAGCGUUUAGGCCUAUGACAACCAUUACUUGCUGAAUCCAAUGGCUAGUGUGUUCAGCGGCACAUCAUUUUGUUUACCAAGUGCUUUGGUAUUGCGUCUCUACAGACUUAGCAAGCACCUACUGUGCAUCAGAGAGAUUGCCUGUGUGCCUGUAAUUCUGCUUUGCAUUACAAAACCUACAGCACAUCCCCCCCCACCCCUCCUCCAACCCUUUAUUAAACUUAAUAAGCUGUUUUUUGUGCAGUACACAAUUCUAGCGCCGGCUGCAAAGCCUGCAUAAACACGUCCUCCCAGGACGCAGAGGCUGUGUUGUCAGAAUCCCUUAACAGCCGCCACAGAAUCACAAGUGUUAUUCAUGGUAUGGUUAAUGCUCCUCACGCAGACAGGAACCUGGAGAACUUUUAGCUGACCUUGGCUUGGUUCAUCAAUAGGCUAACAUUGGAGAGGGAAGAAACUCCUGAUGAAGUACAAGAGGAUUCACUUCAGUUCUCAAAUUUCAUUGUAUUCUGCAGCCUCCCUCUUCUCUCUGCCCCCCCCCCCGCCAAAGUGUAGAGAUCUAGCUGGAAUUUGCAAGGAGAUUGUCCUUAUGAGCACUGAUCAAUAAAAAUAUGUAGAACUGUAGAGUUGGAAGGGACCCAACGGAUCAUUUGGUCCAACCCCCUGCAAUGCAGGAAUACGGGGAUCGAACCUGCAAACAUUAUCAGCACCACGCUCUAACCCACUAGGCUCUGUAAUGCACUGUACUGUAAGCUCCUCUGGGAGCCUUGGUUGAACUGUGGCAAAUGUUUCCAAUAAACAACGGCGGCACCUGCCUCCUAAAAUAAACCCAGCCUAUAGGUAUCAAGGGACGCGGGUGGCGCUGUGGGUUAAACCACAGAGCCUAGGGCUUGCCGAUCAGAAGGUCGGCGGUUCGAAUCCCCACGACGCGGUGAGCUCCCGUUGCUCGGUCCCAGCUCCUGCCAACCUAGCAGCUCGAAAGCACGUCAGAGUGCAAGUAGAUAAAUAGGUAUCACUCUGGCAGGAAGGUAAACGGUGUUUCCGGGCGCUGCUCUGGUUCACCAGAAGUGGCUUAGUCAUGCUGGCCACAUGACCUGGAAGCUGUACGCCGGCUCCCUUGGCCAAUAAAGCGAAAUGAGCGCCGCAACCCCAGAGUCGGUCACGACUGGACCUAAUGGUCAGGGGUCCCUUUACCUUUAUAGGUAUCAAACAUUGAAGAAACACAGGUCUGGUUUGAGGAGUGGAGAGUAGCUGAACAAAUGGAUUUAUUGCCCCUGCGUUGACCAUACAUUCAUAGGCACACCUCGCUUAUCUUAACUAGUUCCUAAUGCAUGUGACAUUCAGGUGCCUCGGUGCUAUUUGACGUGCACCUUAAUGAUAGCAGAUGGACCUCUCAGCUUGAUAAUUGGUGAUGAGCGCUAGAGAUGUGUAUAGAAUCAAAGAUUUGAUGUUGCCGGCCCUUUAGAACGAUCAUCUUGAGUGCCUUGAUGCUGGCGGGUGGGGGCGCAUUGUCACGUUGAGUAAAUGAAAAUAAUUGCGCCUGUAUUGUGUCAAGCUUUGAAGAUCAAAUUGGCACAAGACCAGUGGCUAGCAGAGCCAAAUAGUGGAAGCUGAAGGAUAGGCUUUCUGCCAGCUAGGUGGCUCUGUUCUGGAGUCUUUCGUCUUCAUUAAUGAAGUGGGAUUGGCCUGUCACCUUUUGACCGUUUAAAGCAGGCUUUUCCUCCCAUCAGAUGCAGUGGGACUGUGGGGUCUUUUGCCAAAAAUCAAAAAUCUGCUCUUUGAACUCUUACUAUUUGGCCUUGAGUAUCAAUCUGCAAGGGACAUGGGUGGCGCUGUGGUCUAAACAGUUUCUAUCCAAACACGAUUUUGGUUUUAAAUGCAGUGUAAGGUAGUCUCCAUGGGAGUAUAUUGUAUUUAAUUACUUUAUUUUAAUUAUUUUGUAUUUUAUAUGUCUUGGAAGCCGCCCAGAGUGUCUGGGAAAACUCAGCCAGAUGGGUGGGGUAUAAAUAAUGAAAUAAUAAUAAUAAUAAUAAUAAUAAUAAUAAUAAUAAUAAUUGUUAUUAUCUUUUCUGUGAACCUCCCUGAGACCUCAGGGUAUAGAGCGGUAUAUAAACUCAAUUAAUCAUCAUCAUCAUCAUCAUCAUCAUCAUCUCAACCAGGGAGACUAAUUUUCUCCCAAUUGAAGAACCUGACAGGCAGCUUCUCACCUCAUAUCUUAUAAAAUAGUAUUGGGGUAACAAUGAGGACCUUCAGUUGAGCCAUAUCUGCAGUAUUGUGCAGUACACGGGCCACAGCAUACAAUGGAUCAUGUUUCUUAUACAUACAUAGGCAAUAGAAUUGUCUUCUGACGAGCCCCUGCUCCUCUGCCGUGAAACACCUGUGCAGUGUGCAAGGAAUUCUGGGACAUAGACAGAGUUCACACUGGGCCCCAUCAGGCCUGUUGCAAAUUACCCAGCUCUCUGUGAGAACUGAUAGUCAACACAUAGCACUUUCCCAUGGCCCCAUGUUGCCAGGGAAUGCCAGUUGCGCUGGGCAAGCUGUCGUUCCAAGAAGCUUGCAUGCCAUUACUGAUUGCCUCCGCGAGGAGCCGUUGGCAUGCUUUCAAGGAAACCACAGCUCCCUGGAACACACUGGCGGAACUGCUGCUCCAAAAGCGCUAUUACUGCUUGGCGGCAACAGCUCCCAUUGGACAUGUUUCAUUUUGGUUCCUUCCCAAUUACCCAUUCAGCGAGAGCUGUCUUCAUGUAUGAGCAGUCCCAUCAUUUCUCUUUAUUCCCUGACUGUCAUGAUGACAAAGCCUUCUCUUUAUGACAGGGCUUACAAAAGGUCAUGUGUAAUAGCUCUACAAAGUUAAUGGGCAAUAAAUCUACAGCCUUGGGAGCCACCACUAUGGCUUAUUUUUUUUUUAGUUCUCUGUGAUUGCCAUGUGGUGUCUGCCAAACCAUCUCUUGAACUGUUAAGUCGACGUCUGGAUUUCUACCCGGCACUUAGAUGGUUCCCAUCAUCUUGGGCCUGCUUUGGAACUUAGCAGCGGCAAGACGCCCCCUCCGAACCAUCGCUUUUCUUGUACAGUAAAAAAGGGUGAGUGGGUGGGUGUCCCCAGUUGUAGGUAACAGAAAGACAAAGUCCCAGGAACACAAUUUAGCAAAAAAAAAAUAAUGAAAGUAAUAUGUAUGUAAACAUGUGUACUGCAGUAAAAGAAUACAAUGAUCUAUGAAUAAUACAAGCCAAAGCCAUCAGCAUUCCUUUUAGUUUUGCGAAGUUGGGUUGCUGUGACCCCACCCCACCCCUUAUAAAACUCCUUUAUUGUUGUUGGCAUCUGUCUGUCUCGGGAGAAGGAGUGCACGUUUGGGGGUGGAGAGUUACAGCACCUGCUGAGGCAUCUAUAAGAACCAUAUAGAAGAGUUUGGAUUUGAUAUCCCGCCUUUCACUCCCUUUAAGGAGUCUCAAAGCGGCUAACAUUCUCCUUUCCCUUCCUCCCCCACAACAAACACUCCGUGAGGUGAGUGGGGCUGAGAGACUUCAAAGAAGUGUGACUGCCCCAAGGUCACUCAGCAGCUGCAUGUGGAGGAGCGGGGACGCGAACCCGGUUCACCAGAUUAUGAGACUCUUAACCACUACACCACACUGGCUCUCAAUGAAUAUAUCCAUUGAGACUCAUGCCUCCACUUGGCAUAACUCCACCUGAGUUGUUUUUGGCUCUCUGCAGAUCGGGCUGCGUUUCCUAAAUCCACUUCCAUCUUUCAUUUAUUACAGAGGCUUUCCUAUGCCAGCCCAAGGAAAUUAUUGGCUAGGGCAUUGACACGGGCUGAGAUCAUGUUUUGCUUUUUUUUUUAUUUAAAGGAAUCCUUCAGCCAUGGGGCACGGCUGCUUCUGUUACGCGCUGCUGCGUUCCAUCCCGGUUGCCGUGUACAUCGUCUUGGUCACGGGCCUGCGGUACCACCUCUUCAUCUGGAGCGUUUUCUCGCCAAAGCUUCUCUACGAGGGGGUGCACGUCUUCAUCACGGCAGCCGUGUGCACCUUCUUCACAGCCAUGGAUCACAACCACUUGCGUAAAGUCCAAGACUGAAAGCAACCGUUAAGGCAGAGUCUUGCAUAAUUUCGAGCGACGGACUGAAUUUCUACUAUGGAAUGUGGAUUCUUGCCUUUAGAUUGAUAUUUAAAAGUUAACUGGGUAAUCUACUUUUGGCAAACACGUUUAUACAUGCAUACAUAUCUACACACACACACACACAGAGGUUGCAUUGCAGAGUCUGUCUUGAAGUGGUGUUCCAAGCGUAACAGGCCAUGCGGUCGGGAACUGUAUCUAAAUUUCGGUUGGACUAUAAAUGGUUUGUUGGAUCGUGUCCCUUCCAUGCCAGUUUUCAUUGCAUGCCUUAACUACAGUUAAGCAUCCCAUUGGCAUAGUUGUUGAUUGCAAUGGAAACUAGCCAGGCUCUGUUCUCCAUCUUACUAAACCGGAGUUUGAAGCUGGUUAACAGGCACUGGUCAAGUGGGCAUUUGGCUUGACUUAACUAGGAUUAAUACCCAUUGCUGACUAUUAAAUGGUGGUUAUAGUAAUCAGUGGCAAUUGAUGCUGGAAGAGGUCACAGGCUGCCCCCGAUUUCUUAAUUGCACCACAGUUGUCUGUGCUGUGUAUUCACUAUCUGGGUUUGAACAUCUGAACAGGAUCAUCUCUUGAGAAGUUCUUACUGGUCUUCAUUCCUUCAUAUUGGAGUUUAGAUGAAAAUCUACCAGGCUUUAACCGAUUGCUGGGGGUAGGGUUCUCGCUAUCACUCGGACUGUAUGUUGAAAUUUUAUUUCACUCCUGCACUGCAUUUCUCAUUUGUUAAUCGUAACUUGAAUAAGUAAAGUUUUUAUCUCCUUAUCAAAUUCCAUGGAGUGCUGGCUGAUGGACCUCACUCAAAAGGUUAAAACUGUGAAGAAGAUUCUCUCCAAACCAAUUACUUGUAUUUUUGUUGUUGUUCCUUUGAUAUACUCUGAACAUGAUGGCUCACAAUGUGACAGGAUGCUGUGAACUGGAGAUUAGACAUACACACAUACAUUUACACAACACGCAUCACAGUUAUAUGAAUGUAGCUCUCUCAGUUUCCUGUCGUUUUCUGCAAACAGCAGUCAAAGACUAUGAAAGCACUCUGGCAGGCUUAAAAGUGCGGGCAUAUCUGUAAAUAUGUGUGUGAAAUUCUUUAUAAGCAUUACUGGAAUGUGUUUUUUUAUAGGGAAAAGCAACUAAUUCCAUUAUUUUUGAUAGCUGAAUUGUAGCAUGGAAAUGUUACAAGUUAUAUAUGUAAUUAUAUAAAUAAGCUAUCGGCGAAUGUCAGUAUACUUGCAGCUGACAGAAAGCUUUGCUUAAGAAAUGCAAAAUCUAUGUUUUAAAAAAAGAAGAGUUAUAUUUAUUUAUGCUAACUUUAACUCUCCUGGGUGAGACCUUAUUUUUUGGUAUUAGCAUGUGUUCAGAGGCUGCCUUUCUGAGAAUCCAGCCCUUGUGGGGUGAGUGGGAGCUGGUUGUGGGUGCUUAAUCACAUGAUGUUAGAUGGGGGGUAUGAUGCAUUUAUCUGCCUGUACUUACCCUGCGACUCAUUCUCAGAUCAUGGAGGCAGGAAAAGCCCAGAGGCACAAUAGAGCCUGGCCCAAACUUCAUAUUCUCUGUUUAUAGUGUGUCAGGCCAAAGCUCGUUCACAUUCUCAAGUUACGCACUCAAGUAUUAUCCAAGCAAGCCCCAUAUUAUUCAAGCUUCUUGCGUUUGGUGAAAUGGUGUCAGAUCUAAACAUCUAGAUGAGGUAUACCAUAUUUUUUUGCUCUAUAAGACUCGCUUUUUCCCUCCUAAAAAGAAAAGGGGAAAUGUGUAUGCGUUUUAUGGAGCAAAUGCAGGCUGCGCAGCUAUCCCAGAAGCCAGAACAGCAAGAGGGAUUGCUGCUUUCACUGCACAGCGAUCCCCCUUGCUGUUCUGGCUUCUGAGAUUCAGAAUAUUUUUUUUCUUGUUUUCCUCCUCCAAAAACUAGGUGCGUCUUGUGGUCUGGUGCGUCUUAUAGAGCGAAAAAUACGGUACUUUCCUUCUCCCGUGCCGUGGAAGGACAGAAUGCUUUGUGCUGUGAGCAGUGGUGAUUUACAAGGUGUUUUCAUUCCUUCCUACAGAGAUGCAAGCAAGGACCGCAGAAGCACUAACAAUGGGAUUUAAGCAGCAUCUCUGCAUUUGCAGCUGUUGAUCUCUUAUUGUUUUUAGCUGCACGGUUCUGAAAGCAUUUGAUUAUUUACAUGUUAUUGCAAACUCUUGGAAUAGCAAGCAGGAGCAGAGCAAAUAAUGCAGCUGCUCUGGCAAACAGCAAUGCUAAUAUUUUUUCCUACGUUUAAAAAAAGAAAUUUUCUCACUAUAUUUCUAGGCGGUGUUUUCCAAGUGGAAUUGCUUGGAGGAGCAGGCCCUCUCUCCCUGAAUCUCAGUGUGAGUCACUGUUCCGGUUCAGCCCCAAUUGAAAGGAGGAGAAACUGGAGGUGCAAUGAGCAGACUCCUCUGAGGACAGGCAGUUUUGCUCUGUACAGGGAGGGAGGCCGUUGUCAGAGGUCCCUCUGCUGGAAGCAGGGGGUGGGUGCUCACACCUGGAGCUUACCUGCAUGCCGUGACAUGGGCUUACAGGAGUCUUUGAUUGGUUUCUUUAAAAUUUUAAUACUUAUAUUUCUAGUGCAACAAGCUAAUGUGCCCCAGUGUACAAUUUGGCGAAUUACAGCUCCAGGGUAAAUGAACAAUUGAAUCUUUUUCCAAUAAGAAAAAAUAGCUUAUAAGAAACAUUCGAAUCAUGCCACAUGUAAACACAGUUGGAGUUUAUCUGAGCAACCACUCUGGCCUGUAUAUAUGCUAAUAUUUAAGAUAGGGUGGCAGUUUUUCAGGCAGUGAUUUUUAAUAGGUUAGAUAAUAAUCUUGUUUUAGUUUCAAUAACAAAGAGUCUCUCAGGGCCAAACUAGAUGAGAUGCAGGAGAUCUGAAUCUGGAUCUCCUGGCGUUUUUCAGCUUUAUUCCAAUUCUGCAACUUUGCACGCUCAACUAGACUGGGCCCGGGGAAGAGGCUUUAAUUCCCAGUGUGUUUCCCUUUGCUUUGCUGGGGUGGCCUCUGUAUAGGUAGCUAUAUCUUUUUCUUCACAGGGCAAAUGACAACUUACACAUGUACUUUUGAUGAGGAAAAUGACUUGGAAGGAUUGACUUUGCCUUCUCCCGUAUCGGAGCCUGAUCCAAUUCUAGAACUCUGAUCACAGAUCUUCCCCCAUCACCUCCAGUUUGGCUAUGACCCUGGUUUAAAAUGCAACUUGAAUGCGGUGUAUACAUGUUUUAAAACCUUCCCUCACAGCCUCUCAUAAAACGGAGGCCAUGACUGCCUAUCUCACACACUGACUCAAUUCAGAUAUUGCACUUCCCAUUCGACAUCCCAGGUGGAAACCUGCAAACUGAUACUGCAAGCCAGGAUUACCUCAUGAUUUGUAAGGGGGUGGGUAAUCACACCAAGGGACGCGGGUGGCGCUGUGGGUUAAACCACAGAGCCUAGGACAGAAGGUUGGUGGUUCGAAUCCCCGCGAUGGGGUGAGUUCCCGUUGCUCGGUCCCUGCUCCUGCCAACCUAGCAGUUCGAAAGCACGUCAAUGUGCAAGCAGAUAAAUAGGUACCACUCCGGCGGGAAGGUAAACGGCGUUUCCGUGCGCUGCUCUGGUUCACCAGAAGCGGCUUAGUCAUGCUGGCCACAUGACCUGGAAACUGUCUGUGGACAAACGCCGGCUCCCUCGGCCAAUAAAGCGAGAUGAGUGCCGCAACCCCAGAGUCAGCCACGACUGGACCUAAUGGUCAGGGGUCCCUUUACCUUUUUAAUCACCAGUUUCCCAGUAAGGUGUUAUAGCAAGCCAGUAACUCUUGUACUAAGAUGGGCAUGUGAGGAAGGGAGGAACCACACAGGGACGUGGUGCAUUCCCCAAUCCAGGAAUGUGAUGGUUGAACCAAACAAUUGAACUGCUUUUCUAUCUAACAGAAUGACCUAGAGCAAAAAAUAUCUGACUUCUUAGGUCAAGCAUUAUCAGAGUGGCACAAGACAUUAUUAGAAUCAUAGAACCGUGGAGUUGGAAAGGCUAGUCAACCCCAUGUAAUACAGGAAUCUCAGCUAAAGAUGACAGAUGGCCAUCUAACUUCUGCUUGAAACCCUCCAAGGAAGGAGACUCCACAACUUCCUGAGGAAGACUGUUCCACUGUUGAACAGCUCUUACUGUCAGAAAGUUUUUCCGUAUAUUUAGUCGGAAUCUCCUUUCUUGUAACUUGAAGCCAUUGGUUCGAGUCCUACCUUCGAGAGCAGAAGAAAAGCUUGUUCCCUCUUCCAUGUGACAGCCCUUAAAAUAUUUGUAAAUGGCUAUCGCAUCUCUUCUCAGUCUCCUCUUCUCCAGGGUAAGCAUACCCAGAUUAGUACAUUCCCUUUUCAUCUCCAUAGAGGACUCUUGCCUAGUAAUUACCAGUCAUUGUUUCUGAAAGUUUUGAGCGCGUCAAGUAAAUGAUCUUGUGUCGUGUCUUUGCAUGGGUAUGGAGAAAACCAAAAAGGAACCUUUGAUUUCAUAGUGGCUCCUAUGUCCAUUUGCCAGGAAAGAUUAGGACUCCAAAAAUGGAUUAAGAAGCAAUUAGUGAAGGCAUCUUAUUAUUUUGCUUAAGGCCUCAUUGCACAGUAGAUUUCAAUUUGUAUGCAUUAAGAUGUUUUCUAAGUAUGUAAAAAAUAUAAAGGUGCAAAUUCAACAAAUGUGUUCACAAAAGCACAUCUCAGUCCAGUAGACAUGGCAGGGAGCUGGAAUUGGCUGCAGUUGCGUAUCCCAGCCAAUUUCACUUAAGUACCAACAUAUACUAAUUUUAAUGAUUUUUGCUUUAGCAGCAUCUGUGCACUUGAUGCUUUACACAGCAACAUAGACAGGCUUGUCUCUUUCCUAAAUAAUUUGAUGUACAGAUGAAAUUACAAGAAAUAAAGGGGGAACACCCACAGUGAUCAUGAAAAAAAUAGUUGGCUGGGGCUUUUAUGCUUUAACACAGCACUGCAAAAGUAUUUUGUCGUACAUACAUGCUUCUUUGCGUAUCCAACUUUAGAUCUUAAAGGCAUGAACUGUACUUCUCAUGCAAGUCUAGAUUUCUGCUGCAUAUUGUGUGCUGUCUGUUAGGCUGUAGUGGACAGCACAGUGCUAAGUGACCUUUCCAUGGCAACUCCCAAAGAAAGUUAUAUUUCUUUUGUUCUCCAGAUAGGUCACGCGUGGAUGUAUUGUUCAACCAUCCUUUGUGCUAAAUGUGGUUUGUUGUCUUAAUUCUGAGCGAGACCCUAAAAAUACAGUAAAAUGGUAGUUUGGCUUGUCAAGCUGAGGUCUGUCCCCAUAGGGUGUGACAGCCGCUUGCCACGUUGCAAGCAGAGAAGCUGGAGGGGCAGAGAAACUGCCUUAAUCAUUGUUGGUUUGGUGUAGAUCCUAUUCUUUACCUAUGGUUUGCAUGCCCACAUGAAACCAUGGUUUAUGGCCAGUAUUAACCAUUGUUAAGGAAAACAAACCAUGGCAUAAACUACAGUAUGUGCAGCAUGUUAGGUUUUUUCCAUUAGAAUUCAUCUCUCUUCUCAGCUAACAUAUCUGUUGGAUGGGCUUUGCUUUAUGAUGAAUGUCAGAAAAGAAGUGUUGAUGUUUUAACUAGCUUCUGUGCUCAUGAGACCUGCUACUGUUCAAAAGCAGCUUGCUCCCCAAGAGGUUUGUAACACAUCUGUCAGGAUUUUGGUCUAACAAGGAGAUUCUUUUGGGAAGCAGGAAACGGCAACUUUGAAUUUGCUGCAAAGCCAGAUAGGCAUGCUUACUGUAUACAAUUGUCUCUGCUGAAGGAUUUCUACUAGUUUGGAGCCACAACUGCUUCUCUGAGACACACACACACACACACACACACAACCCCUGGCCACUUGACAUUCAGGCGGGUAGCUGUGCCAGUUCUUCAGGUCAUAACCCAAGAUCCCAUGUAAAUCUUUCAGCUCAAGAUUGUUCUAAGAAUUGACCUUUAUCCGGUGUCCAUUUGCUUAAUUAGGUAAUGCAUUGUAGCUCAAAUUCCCUGCUGGUUUGAAAAGAUUCAUUUUAAUGGGAAAGUUUGCCUCCCUGCGGUACGAUACGAGGCCCGUUGAUUUGGCCAGUUUGUACAAUCAGACUCAUGUAGCAAAUGUUUUUUUCUUCUUCUGGACUCAGGAACAUCGGGGUGCAGCUGUUUGCAUCUGUGCGUUGAGAGAAAACGGCAUAUUUGUAUGCAUUCUCCCCCAAGGAAUACACACACACACACACACACACACACAGAGAGCGCUUUUCCUAGACAUGGUACUUAAACUGAACCCAUAUUCUGUGGCAAUCUAGUUCUCUGCGUAGAUAAUCCCUCCCGCCCCUCUUUUUUUUUUUGGGAGGAGCAGUUCAAACUAGCCCUAAAUCAUAUAUUUCCUGCUGGCAGUAGGAGUACAAUAUGGGUAUGUCUUUAAGUUAACAUCUUACCUUAAAAACCUGACAGUACCAAACUAUCGAAGGCUAUGGAUGGCAGGUUGAGAGGAGUUCCCUACCAGGACAGACUUUGCUUGUGUGCUCAAGACAUCGAUUCAAUAAAACAUAUUUUGUUGCAUUGUGCAAAAUAUGAGCAAGCUAGGGCUGAACUGAUACUACCCUUGCUGGUACCUUUCCCAGGAAAAUCAGAGGCUCACUAUGUCAGGUUCCUAUUGGAAGACCGGACAAAUGCUAGAACAUUAGCAGUAGCAAAGUUUUCAUCGGUGGUUGCAAGAACAAAUAAUCCCUAUAUUCUGAACAAAAUGGUUGUUUAACCUGGAGGUAGGCUGUAUGAAUUGUAUAUUGCUUUGUAAUGAUUUGUUGCGUCUCUGGACCGUAAUAAAGAUUGAUGAUGAUGAUAUUUCCUGUUACAAAGCAUUCUGGAAAUAGACACGGAAACCAUGAGGUUAAAAACAAAUACUUUUUAAAGAAAGAGGUGGGGCUGAUGCAGUGCAUCUUGGCGACUUGCUGCAAGUUUAUUACUUACUUGAAGUCCACCAUGGAAUCAAAAUUAACUUUGGUAUUGAAAGAAAGAAUGAGUGGUGAAGAGAAUAUCCAGAAAUUUAGAAUUCUGAUUUUGGGUGGUUGUGUUGGUAGCAGCUUAAUGGUAAUGGAGAAAAGUCUAAAUCUGCAAGCUUUGAAGGAGUGAGUUGAGUGUGUGUUUAGAUGUUUCCAGGCUGAAAUGCCAGAAGACUGUUACUUCUAGUUCUUUGAUAACAAACUGAAUUAGCAUUUAAUAGUUUUAAAGCAUUCUUGUUCCUUAAGACACCAACUUUGUAAAAUUGAAACGUGGGUUAAUCUUUGGGUUGACUUUCACCCCAAGCCUAUGAAUGUUUGCUCAGAAGUUCCCCUGUGUUCAGUAGAGCUCACUCCUGGGUCAUCGCGCAUGGAAUUUCAACCUCAGAAUUGGGAAGGUGUGGGAGAGUCUUCCAGUCAGGAAGCCGAAAGGACAAGGAAUACUGCUAGGCCUGAAAGGAUAGCUUUCAGGAUUGAAGUGGGCAAUGAGGAGACUGUCUAGGCAGAGGAAAGAAAUAUUCCAAGUCCAGGGCAGAAAUUGAAGGCACUUGCAAGAGUCACUACAAUGAGAAUUUCAGCGUUGGCAGAGUUCCCUUGUUUUCAGCUUCUGUUGACUUCUGAUUAGUCCAUGUUUUAAUUUCCUGUUUGUGUGUGUUCUGUACACGAGUUAUUUCUCCUGUUCUGAAUAAAGUUUGUUUGUUUUUCUUUUGACUAA